AUGUGUGGGGGGGGGGGUUACCUGCCUUUCAACCAGAUUAUUUUCAAGGUGAGUAAAUAAAAAUUAAGGAACUUGGAUAGAGGACAUCUGUCUUUGAAUCUGGACAUCCAGUUUCUUCUCCCUCCCUCCUCCCUCUUUCUUUUCUUAAAAAGAAGGAUAGUAGUAGGAAGGGUAGGAAAGGACACAAGACAGAACACAAGAAAGACCUGCUGCACCAUGACAGUGGCUCAUCUAGUCCAUCACCCUGUUCUCACAGUGGCAACCGGAGUGCAACAGCGCUCUCACCUCCUGUGGUUCCCUGCAACUGGUAAUCAGAAGUAUAGUGCCUCUAACAUUGGAGGUGGAACAUAAGAGCCCAGCUGGAUAAGGCUAGUGGUCCAUGUAGUCCACCAUCCUGUUCUCACAGUGGCCAAACAGAUGUUUCUGGGAAGCCUGCAAGCAGGACCUGAACGCAAUAGCACACUCCCUACUUCCAGUUCCUAGCAACUGGCAUUUAGAAGCUGACUGCGUCCCAACAGUGGAGGCUGAACACAGCCAUCGUGGCUAGCAGCCAUCAACAGCCUUAUCCUCCAUGCAUCUAUCUAUUCUAAGGGUUCCCAAACUCUUGUCUGCAAGGUUUGCUCAGGAGCUCCCCAGCGUGAUUCUAGUUUUGCAGGUUGAAGACAGGAGAUGGAACACCCACCGCAUUACAUAUUCACACCAACUUUUACAGUGGUACCUUGGGUUACAGACGCUUCUGGUUACACACGCUUCAGGUUACAGACUCUGCUAACCCAGAAAUAGUACCUUGGGUUAAGAACUUUGCUUCAGGAUGAGAACAGAAAUUGUGCUCCGGCGGCCCAGCAGCAGCAGGAGGCCCCAUUAGCUAAAGUGGUGCUUCAGGUUAAGAACAGUUUCAGGUUAAGAACGGACCUCCGGAACGAAUUAAGUACUUAACCCGAGGUACCACUUUACAUGAAAUUUUUACUGCUUCUUCUGUUUCUUGCAUUUUAUUUUAUUGUAUUACAAUUGGAAUUCCAUAAAAUGCAGCAAAAUAGCAGUGUGAAGGGAAUAAAAGAAGAAGAUAAUUUGGCAUCUAGCCCAACACAUUGCAACUGCUAUAAUGGGCAGAAAAUUCAUUAAGUGGUCCACCAAGACCCUCCGUGAUUUUUAAGUGAUGAGGGAAUAAUUUGGGAACUACUGGUCUAAUCCUAUUUUAAAGCUACCCAUGUUGGUGGCCAUCACUUUUUCCAGUGGGAGUGAGUUCCGUAGUUUAACUAUGUACUUUGUGAAGGACUUCCUUUCAUCUGUCCUGAAUUCAGCUUCAUUGCUGAGAGUGCUACGAGAGCUGGAGGAAAACUUUUCUGUGUCUACAUUCUCCACACCACGCAUCAUUUUAUAAACUUCUAUCAUGUCGCCUCUUCUCUAAACUUAAAGGUCCCCAGUGCUUCACUGGACAGCCCUUGGUUCUCGUAUGAGGAGAAAGGAAGAAUAACUUUACUUCCUUCCUUCUUGUGGCGAAGUCUUGUGUGAGGGAGAUAAAAAGAAACAGAAAGGAGGAGGAGAAAGAAAGAAAGAAAGAAAGAAAGAAAGAAAGAAAAGAAAAGAAAAUGUUUUGGUGCAAUUCUGAGUCCAGCACGGAAGACCAAGAAUCUCUACACUACAUCAAAGAGCAACUUGUAUCCUACGGGCUCAAACCUCAGAGGGAGCGAUUUGAUUGGCCGCUCCUCCUAGCCUUCCAGCACCCUUUUGACAGUCCCAGAUUCUUUCACAGAAGCCUCAACAAGUGUUGCAGAUAAGCUAAGGAGCUGCGUGUGAUGAAGGAGCAGGUGACCCAGCUGUGUGUGUGAGAGAGAGACCCAUAUCAAGAGAGUGCUAAACUGGAAAUCCUGCAAACAACGACCAUCCCAAUCCAUGUAUCACCCCCCCCCCCCACAAAGCGUAUAGCGCACACACCCCCGCCCUCCACUCUGCCUUUUCCCUGCUUAGUACACGCCGACUCCCUAAACUUCUGGUUCUCGCGGACCAUGGGAGUCCGCGAAAACUUCUAUACCGCAAUAAAUCUGUUCGCUUUUAAGGGGCUCUUUGGUCAAAGCCUUGAUGAUUUCUUCCAAGUUGCGGAUCCAGCUCGAACCUGAACCCAAGCCCCCCCAAAGUAGCAAGAUCGCGCCCCCAACCCACAUAAUUCCCACCCCAUCAAGAGCAUCUCCCAGACCCGGAGGGGAGGGACCGACACGUCAGAUCGCCCGGAGGAGGGGAAAGGAGGAGGAGGGGGACCCCAAACCCGGAUCUGUUGCGCUCGUCUCCGCCCCCUCCCUCUCUUUCUCCCUUCCAAGCGGCCUGCUCAGGGGUCUUACCUGGGGUUGCAAUGGAAAAGCAAAAAGGAGCUCAAGCUGAUUCCAACCCACCGAAGUAAGAUACGAGUGGGCCGGUCCGAACUGAGCUCAGCUGAGAGGAAGAAGAGAAGAAGAAAAGAGGGAGCGAGGGAGGGAGGAAAGGAGCGCUGGGCAGGGCUGGGAGGGGCAGGGCAUCUUCCGCCUCCUCUGCCUCUGUGCGCCCCGCCCAGCGCAUUGAAGACCCACAGGCCACUCAGAAGCGCUUAGGGGUGGAGCAUUUUGGUGUUGCGGAGAGCUGGUCCUGAGCGUCCGGUAGCUGAUCUUUCGGAAGGGGCAUGUGGGCGGGAGAGACGUGGCGACGAGAGAGCCCUAAGAGUCAGAGCCGUCUAGUCCAGCAAAGCGUCUCCCGUUCCCCACCCGCUCCGCUCCGGAACUCAGUAAUAAUAAUUUAUUAUUUAUACCCCGCCCAUCUGGCUGGGUUUCCCCAGCCACUCUGAGCGGCUUCCAACAAAACACUAAAAUACAAUAACCUAUUGAACAUUAAAAGUUUCCCUAAACAGGGCUGCCUUCAGAUGCCUUCUGAAAGUUUGGUAGUUAUUUUUCUCUUUGACAUCUGGUGGGAGGGUAUUCCACAGGACAGGUGCCACCACUUAGAAGGCCCUCUGCCUGGUUCCCUGUAACUUGGCUUCUCGCAGUGAGGGAACCGCCAGAAGGCCCUUGGCACUAGACCUCAGUGUCUGGGCAGAACGAUGGAGGUGGAGACGCUACUUCAGACUAGCUUUGAUGACCCCUUGGGUCCCCUCCUACUCAAUUUCAAUGAUUCUGGUCCUCGGGUGGCCUAGAGGGGCAGAGCAUGUGCUUUGCAUGCAGAAGGUCCCAGGUUCAAUCCCUGGCCUUGGGCUGGAAACUAGCCAUCCCUGAAACCCUAAGAAAAGCAGCUGCCACUCACCUGUAGACAAUACUGAGCACGAUGGGAUCACUGGUGUGACUCAGUAGGGCAGCUUUCUGUGUUCCUCCUUUUUUCUUUUGUCCAGGUGUCCAGUACAAAGGUAGACAGCCUCUGACUGUGGAGGUUCCAUUUAGCAUCCCUAUUUAUACUAACAGCAAACUCGGUUCUCCAGAGGUGGUUCCUUAUGUAGCCAAACCAGCAUCAUACAUGUACAAAAGGGAGGUACAUGGCGCAUGGCACUCAGGAUCUGGUGUGUCCUCAACUGAGUUAAUUGGGCCUUCCAAGUAAGAAUGGAACUGCCUGUGCCCAUUUACUAGGGAGAAUAAGUACCACCAGCUCAGCUGGGUGUACAGUACUUCUGAGUGAAAUGUGCUACCUUAUUAAAGGCAAGAAAUUUUUAUUUAUUAUUUAUGUGUUUAUUACAAUUUUGACCCAGGAUCUGAUUGGUGCACCUCUCUCAGAAUAGUCAUGCAAACAUCUGUUUUCUUGGGGUGAGGAAUCUCUUGCAGACAGCUUUGAGUCAAAUUGGAUGUGGCGUUGGCACAGUUCACUAUCUUGCUGCACUAUCUUUUUUCAGAUAGCAGGACAUGGGACAGAAUGGCUAGCAGCAGAGGGCAGAAAUCCAGCUGGUGUCAGGUCCCCCAGUGCAGGUUCCCCAGGAGAAGCUCUGGCUGUUGAAGGGAGAGGCGCUGUUCUAGACAAAAUAGUUGGCAACCCUUCCAUGUGAUAAAAGAAAUGUCUAAAAUAGUUUGUAUGCUUAUGUAUAGGAGUAGGCCAUAAUUAGAAGUGGGUUGAAAAUAAAUCUGCCACUUUCAUAAUUCCUAGAAUGCUGAGCAUAUACGGUACCUUUAAACCAUAGUUUAAUUUAAGUGUGAUGUGCAACCCACUAUGUUGGCAGCAAAGGUGUGGUGUUGUUUUUAAAUCAUUUGGAAUAUUUUGGAUACUGAACCACAUGAUUUGAGUUCUGGGGCAUGAACUGCGGACACAUUCUCACUACAGUGGUACCUCAGGUUAAGUACUUAAUUCGUUCCAGAGGUCCGUUCUUAACCUGAAACUGUUCUUAACCUGAAGCACCACUCUAGCUAAUGGGGCCUCCUGCUGCUGUUGCGCUGCCGGAGCACGAUUUCUGUUCUCAUCCUGAAGCAAAGUUCUUAACCUGAAGUAAUAUUUCUGGGUUAGCGGAGGCUGUAACCUGAAGCGUAUGUAAUCUGAAGCGUAUGUAACCCAAGAUACCACUGUACUAUAUAUUAAAUACCUUUAUGAUCUCAAGAAUCCUCAUCACAAAUAGGCCCAGUUUGCCGCAGCUAAGCUGGUCCAGAUCUGGUCCAUGCAUGAAUGUUGGUUAAUCUGGAACUGCAAAAAGAGCAGAGAGGUUUCUUGCAUCUUUAAUACAAACAGAUAUAUUAUGUCUUAAGUUUUAGUGGACUGGAAGAAAACAAUUUAUCAGAUCCAUUAAGCAUUAUCCUCUCCUCUCCUCUCCUCUCCUCUCUAAAGACAGUGGGAUAGUGUGGCAUAGUGGUUGUACCAGCACCUUGGGGACCAAGGUUCAUAUCACUACUCUGCUAUAAAGCUCAUUAGGGAAGCUUAGACUGUACCAAUCAUCAUCUAACCUUCCUCACAGAGUUAUUGUGAGGAUAAAAUGGGAAGGUGGAGAACCCUGUGUGCCACUGUAAGUUCACUGGAGGAAAGAUGUGAUAUAUAUGUAAUAAAUAUGUACUUAUUAGAUAAAGGGGGAGGAGGAUGUGUUAUGAGGUAUAUAUCCACUUAACAUGUGAACUCAAUGUACGUAUAGUUCUAAGAAGGGUACAAUCUUUUGUGUAGAGCCAGGCUAUUAAAAACACAUGUAUACCUUAGAAAAAGUUUGGUUUAUCAUACAGAAAUGAAAAGAGACAGAAUAUACAGGUGCUGCUUCUGACAGCAAGGGUGCAAAUAUGCAGGCAUCAAAUAAUCAUUCAGUAUAGACACUGUAGGACGCGGGUGGCGCUGUGGGUAAAACCUCAGUGCCUAGGACUUGCCAAUCGCAUGGUCAGCGGUUCGAAUCCCCGUGGCGGGGUGAGCUCCCGUCGUUCGGUCCCAGCUCCUGCCCACCUAGCAGUUCGAAAGCACCCUUAAGUGCAAGUAGAUAAAUAGGUACCGCUUUAUAGCGGGAAGGUAAACAGCGUUUCCGUGUGCUGCUCUGGUGCCGGUUCGCCGGAGCAGCUUCGUCACGCUGGCCACGUGACCCGGAAGUGUCUGCGGACAGCGCUGGCUCCCGGCCUCUAGAGUGAGAUGAGCGCACAACCCUAGAGUCUGUCAAGACUGGCCCGUACGGGCAGGGGUACCUUUACCCCUUUACUUUAUAUACACUGUAAUAAGAAUUUAAGGUCUCAAAUAUAUACAGUCAUACCUUGGGUUAUGAACGCUGCGGGUUGUGCGUUUUUGGGUUGCGGACCGUGCCAAACCCAGAAGUACCGGAACCCAGAAGUACCAGGUUACUUCCGGGUUUCGGCGCUCGUGCGUGCGCAAAACCACAAAAUGACAUCAUGCGCAGAAGCACCGAAUUGCAUCACACGUGUGCGCAGAUGCGGCGCAUCAGGCUGCAAAUGCUGCGGGUUGCAAAUGUGCCUCCCGCACGGAUCACAUUCGCAAUCCUAGGUAUAACUGUAAAUUAAAUGUUCAUAAAUUUACACAGCAAACACAUACAUAAGUUUGUAAACGACUUGUCUGAAAUAGUACAGGAGAACAAUGGUGAAACCACUUUGACGCUCCCAAAUUGACCUCAAAUGUUUCUCUACAAGGAGGAAGGAAAUAGGAAAGCCUCUCCAUUGUCCUUUGCUUACUGGUCUUUAGGGCAUCUUUGUGUAUGAAUAGGGUGAGCCUGUGACCUGGAUUCAGGAAUUAAAGUAUUUACCAUCACAAAAGAUGGCCAGGCUGCCCAAGUGAGCAAUCACUGGCCAUUGCCAGGUAUCCUGGCAGACAGGAUUUCUGUUUUAGACCACCUCCUGUGAUGUAUAUAUGAUGUUUUUGGGGAUGGUCUUGAGCUACAGGGUGGGCAAUUUCAAAAGUCUAUAUAAGGGCUUGCACACCUUUGUUCUGGGUUCCUCGUCCCUCCUGCAUGUGGUGAGUGAGGACCCUGUUGCAACUGCUUUAAUGAAGAUCAGGCUUACUAUUCAAUAUUCUCUGGUUGGUCUCUGUUAUUUUCACCUACCGAUAGGGAACCCACUUAAGGACUCUAUAUGGGCUCUUGGGUAUCCCAUAAGGGAAAAGGAGCAGAUUUUGUUUACAUCAACACACACCUUGAUUAUAGAGAAAAAGGGAUCCCUAACUAUGCCAAAAGUAUGGAGAGUGAGUGCAGCAAUUUGUGACAGAUUCACACGAAAAGAAAUAAAAAUAGGGGAGGAGUACAUGUGAUCUAUGGGACGCGGGUGGCGCUGUGGGUUAAACCACAAAGCCUAGGACUUGCCGAUCAGAAGGCCGGCAGUUCGAAUCCCCGCGAUGGGGUGAGCUCCCGUUGCUCGGUCCCUGCUCCUGCCCACCUAGCAGUUCGAAAGCACGUCAAAGUGCAAGUAGAUAAACAGGUACCUCUCCAGCGGCAAGGUAAACCAGAAGUGGCUUAGUCAUGUUGGCCACAUGGCCCGGAAGCUGUACGCCGGCUCCCUUGGCCAAUAAAGCGAGAUGAGCACCACAACCCCAGAGUCGGCCAUGACUGGACCUAAUGGUCAGGGGUCCCUUUACCUUUACAUGUGAUCUUGGAGCAAGCAGAACACAAAGACAGUGAUUUGAGAUCUGUGCCUUCUCCAAGAGUUAAGCUCCCCUCUUCAGAAUCCUAUGCCAGGAAGGCAACAGUCUCACACCCAUUCUUUGGUCUGUGAGCCAGCAAAGUGAGGAGUGGUCCUUCAAAUCACAGUGGAGCUAAGUGGGGUUCCUGAUAGGGCUCUGAGCUGAAGAUAGAAAAUUCAGGCUUUAAGUAUAGUUUAAACCCAAGUAAACUCUAUGGAAAUGGGAGAGGGCUUUGUUUAGUGAGCGAAUAACAACACACCCAAGUCCUUUGAAUUAUUGUUUCUUCUUUCUAGUGCACUAUUCAUAGAAUAUGCCUGUUGUCUUUGUCCAUGGAGUUUUCUUGGCAGGGAUACUGGAGUGGCUUGCCGGUUCCUGCUCCAGGUGGAUCACGUUUGGUCAAAACUCUCCACUAUGACCUGUCCAUCUUGGGUGGCCCUGCACGGCAUAGCUCAUAGCUUCUCUGAGUUAUUCAAGCCCCUUCGCCACGGCAAGGGGUGGCAGCAGUCACAAAAUUAAAAGACGCCUGCUCCUUGGGAGAAAGGCGAUGGCAAACCUAGACAGCAUCUUAAAAAGCAGAGACAUCACCUUACCAACAAAGGUCUGUAUAGUUAAAGCCAUGGUUUUCCCAGUAGUGAUGUAUGGAGUGCCUGGCGUGCUCUGGUCCAUGGGGUCACGAAGAGUCGGUCACGACUAAACGACUAAACAACAGCAUCAUUCAUAGAAUAUAGCGUUAGAAGAGACCUCUAGAGUCAUCUAGUCCAAAUCUUUGCAAAUGCAAGAAUCGCAACCAAAGCAUCCAUGACCGAUGGCCAUCCAACCUCUGUUAAAAACCUCCAAUGAAGCAGAGUCAAUUUCUAGGAUGGGAAACUACUAUCCUGAUUCAAGCCUAAGCAACAAUUUAAAUUAACAGCAUACUCUAUUGCCACAAACAGCUAAAAACAUGAUGAUGCCAUAACAGCCCUGGGUUUGAAUUUGUUAGUUUUGCUGAAACUCACUUGUGCAUCCUAUUUAAGCAACGGGGUCCCCCCCAUGGUAAUUGUCAGGGUUAGUAAAAACGACCUUGGAGAGAGGUGGAAAGAUUUGAGUUGCAUCUCAAGCAAGGAAACAAACAGAAACAAAGAUUAGCAACAGGUGAAGGUUUCUAGAAACCACAAGACUUAUGCAGUGGAGUUGAAAGCACCAAGAAACCCAGCAGCAGCAAUUGAAGGAGAGGGAAGUGGUUUGAUGAGGGCCUAACAUUUUCUGUGUGUUUAAAAGAAUUUUCUACAUGUCUAGCUCUUUCGUCACACAUAUAUAUAUACCACUUCCUCAUAGUUGCCUCAGGCACUCAGUGGUGGCUCAUAUGCACUGGAGACUAUUUUCCAGGGGCAGUCCUGGAAUUACAAAAGCCAUUGUUGUCCCAUCCCAGGCUCUGAGCCUUCUUCCCCUGGGGGUUCCCCAAGUGGUGCCUCCCAUCUCUCCUCUGCAUCCAGAUGGAGGAGAAUUUUAAUUUUGCUUGCAUUUUAAUGAGAAACUACCUGAUUUGUACUUCUCAGAUCAAUGUGUGAACUGACAUGGCUGUCCUUCAAACUAUGCAUUUUCCCAAAUUUUGCAAUGCAAAAGAGUAUGGUACAUAUAAAGAGACAUACUAAGAGAAAAUUGCAUAGGAAUGCAUAUACUAGUGAAAAUAGCAUAUAAAUAUACAUUGUAUUAGGAGAAAAUGCUUGCAAAAAGAUGUAUAUUAGUCAAAUGUGCAUAUAAAAAUGUGUUUACAUGAAAAUGCUAGUUAAUUCUGAUGCAAAUUUUUAAGAAGAAACUUGCCAAUUGCUGCAAAAAUGCAAACUGAAUUUAAGAUUGAGAACAUGAGGAAUGGAAUUGACUGCAGUGUGGAACUUACUUCCAAGAAAACAUGCAUUGAAUCUGGUUGCAUGGAACCAUUCCACUGGCCUUUUCUGUUCCACUCUUGUAAAUCUAUUCAGGAUUUAAUCCUGUUCAGCCUAGCGGAGAUAUUUUCCACUGUGCUGUGUUUGCAGAAGGCUCAGCCUUCCUCCUCCUCCUCCUCCUAGUCUUUUGAAGGUGUGUAUGUGUCUCAUAAAAAUAAAAACUGAUAGACUAAAGGCUGAAGCAAUGCCCUAAGGAACACAAUAGCAGCUGCAUCAGUCCAGUGCUUUUUGAGACAAAGGAUAUGUUCUUAUCAAGACAGAAUAUCUUUAAAAGCUGUCUUUGUUUCACCUUGGCAAGAUUAAGAGCAAUAAAAACUUUUAUGCAGUGUAAGAGCUUAAGAAGAGUCCUGCUGGAUAAGGCCAAUGGCCCAUCCAGUCCUGCAGCUUGCUCUCAGCAUGCCAGUCAGCAGAGCAUGAACACAAUAGCACUCUCCUGUUCAAGAUCUCCAGCAAUUGCAUAUCCUCCAACUGUUCUCCAGUGAAAAUUGUUGUUGUUGUUUAGUCAUUUAGUCGUGUCCGACUCUUCGUGACCCCAUGGACCAGAGCACGGCAGGCACUGCUGUCUUCCACUGCCCCCCGCAGUUUGGUCAGACUCAUUUUAGUAGCUUCAAGAACACUGUCCAACCAUCUCGUCCUCUGCCGUCCCCUUCUCCUUGUGCCCUCCAUCUUUCCCAACAUCAGGGUCUUUUCCAGGGAGUCUUCUCUUCUCAUGAGGUGGCCAAAGUAUUGGAGCCUCAGCUUCACGAUCUGUCCUUCCAGUGAUCCCUCAGAGCUGAUUUCUUUAAUAAUGGAUAGGUUCGAUCUUUUUGCAGUCCAUGGGACUCUCAAGAGUCUCCUCCAGCACCAUAAUUCAAAAGCAUCAAUUCUUCGGCGAUCAGCCUUUUUUAUGGUCCAGCUCUCACUUCCAUACAUCACUACUGGGAAAACCAUGGCUUUAACUAUACGGACCUUUGUUGGCAAGGUGAUGUCUCUGCUUUUUAAGAUGCUGUCUAGGUUUGUCAUUGUUUUUCUCCCAAGAAGCAGGCGUCUUUUAAUUUCGUGGCUGCUGUCACCAUCCCAAUGAAAAUAGAGACGUUCUAUUCUACACCAGGAAGCUUCUCCCACAUUUGAUCUUGCCACACACAUAGAUGUCAUAUACAUGUAUACAUCUGCCGCCUUGAGCCAAUUACAACCUCUCAGCUUAACCUACCUCACAGGGUUGUUGUAAAGAAAAAAAUGUGUGAGGGAAGGGAUCAUGUAGAACACCUUCAACAGAUAAAUGGAAUUAAAUAAAAAUUUAGCUGUAAACUGCCUUGAGUCCCUGUCAGGGAAAAAGGCAGGAAACAACAACGGAAACUGAGAAAAAUCAGGAACCUACCAGACAGGAAAUCCUAUUGAGCUCAGUAGGGCAUAGUUCUAAGUAAAAAUGUUUAGGAUUGCAGUAUAAGGCUGCCCAAUCUCUACGCCAUUCGGUGGGAUUUCAUUUCUUCACGUGCCAAAUUCAGACAUAGUGUACAAAACUUUUCCUCAACCAAAGUUUGGCUUUCAUUAUGUGUUUUUUCUGCUCUUACUUUUCUACAUUUUAUGUUCUCUCUUUAUUGGGAAAUACAGUGCUUUUUUCUAAAAAAAAAAUGUUUAGGGGUUACUCUCAUUUUCCUACUCAUAUUGAAAUACUGCCCCUCAAUGAGGCCAAACUUAGAUUCACAAAAUGUUUAGGGGUAUGCGUACCCCUGCGUACUCCCAGAAAAAAGCACCGGGGAAAUACAACUCUGCACUGCUAUGUUUUGUAAUUUUGAUUGCAUUUUUUCUUGUUCGUACAGUACUUUCAAUUUUACAUUAAUAAAAAACUUCAUUUUUCAACCACAGGUUGUAAAUAUAUUUAGUGGCCUGCAUUUCUGUUCUGCAAUGAUUCUUUGUUUCAUUAAGCAUCCCUACCUCCAGCUACAGGCCUGCUUUUGCUUCUGUUUAUUUAGAAACUGGCCCAAUGAUUGAAAUAUAAUCCCAUAAUGUGCUUGCCAUGUGCCACCGUGACCAAAGGCUGCAACUUUUGUUGCUGCACAUUUUUGUUUAGCUUGGCAUAUGUAUGUGUUUAAUUCUAAAACUUGCCAGUUGAACCUCUUGCCUUCCCUAAAGCCCAGCUUUUAUUUUAUUUUUCACUCUGUCGAAGCUGAUACAGUUUCUUCUCCAGCCUUUCUGCUGUGGUGCUUGGCUGCCCUCUAGCUGUGACAGAUAUAUUUUUUUUUUUGCCAGAAUCAAUUCAACCACAAUAGAAAUGAUGGUGAUCACACAAUUGCCUCAUUUUCUCAUAUGAUGUUUGGGCACAUGUGGCUCAUAUAUUAAUCACCCCACAUGCUCUUCCUACCAGCUUGUGAUUCCCUGAUGAUGUUCUAUCAUAUCUGCCAACACGUUACGUUGUGUUGCUCCUUCGUGAGCUGAUUUAGGAGCUGAUUUUUGUGAGUGUUUCUGUGUGGUGCAGUGGAUAGUGUGUUGGAGUUGGAUUGGGUUGAUGAAGAAAGGAGGAAGGCCCAGGUUUAGAUUUGUUUAGCCGUAGUGGGAAAGGAUUUUGAGGCAGACAUCCUGGCCCACACCUAGCAGAAUCAGCAAGAGGGCCCACAAACACAGCAGGGCUUGUGUGCCACAUUUUGAAGUACAGUACUGUAUCUGGGACGCGGGUGGCGCUGUGGGUUAAACCACAGAGCCUAGGACUUGCCGAUCAGAAGGUCGGUGGUUCGAAUCCCUGCAACAGGGUGUGCUCCCGUUGCUCGGUCCCUGCUCCUGCCAACCUAGCAGUUUGAAAGCACGUCAAAGUGCAAGUAGAUAAAUAGGUACCGCUCUGGCGGGAAGGUAAACGGUGUUUAGUCAUGCUGGCCACAUGACCCGGAAGCUGUCUGCGGUCAAACGCCGGCUCCCUCGGCCAAUAAAGCGAGAUGAGCGCCGCAACCCCAGAGUUGGCCACAACUGGACCUAAUGGUCAGGGGUCCCUUUACCUUUACUGUAUCUAACGUCAUGCACAUUACCAUUGUUAACGGAGAAAUCUGAGGGCUCCCUUGGACAAAAAAACCCAAGGACACCAGCCAGGAAUACCAGAGCAAAACAGCAGCCAGUAGGCUUGGUCUUUAUUGAAGACUGUCGCAACAGGACUCCCACCUGCCAUAAGGUGGAACAAAAUGGAAGCCCUGAACAAAAGAGCCCCCAAACUUUUAUUAGCUGCUUAUCCCCAUGUUACACCCGCCCCCAAACUACCUCACUCAUACAUCACGGUUACAUCAUGAAAGGGGAGGUCUGGUGGCAGUAAUCUGAGCAUCCUGGACCAUGCCCCAUGGUUCUCCUUGCCCUCCACCAAACACCCAUCAAGUGUAACAAAAAAGAUAUUCACAUUUCCCCAUUUCCCAGCCAAGUUAAUCACACCCUUUUGUCUUCAUCUGGGUUUGUUAUUUCUGGAAUGGCUACCUGUCUGGCACUCAGGUAUCAGGAUGCCAGGGAUUAUCACUCAGGCAGAGGGGCUGCUGAGUAGCUGAGCUCACAUGUCUAUAUGAAUUUCUUAAGUUUUCCCUGUGAGCCAGUACAUAGAUACAUUUAUCAGUGAAUUGUUACAUUUGCAGCAAAGGCCCUUUGAAUAGAUAGGAAGAAACUGUGAUGAAGUGUUUUGUGGGGACAAAUCACAAAAGUCACAAAAGUGAUUGUACUGAUUUUGGUAGUGGGCUGCAUGUGCAUGAUAUCUGCUGGAGGGGCAACCCCCCCAACUUAUACAUAAAUUCCUGCAACACCAUCAAAACGAGUGCUGGUAAGGAGGUUAUUUAAGACUAGAGUCUAACAUAAUUGAAUUGCUUCACUGCUUAGUCAAGAAGAUUAUUGCAAUUGUGCCCAUUGUCUACUGGAACCUGUCUCUGAUAACUCACUGCUGGUCACUAUUCCCACCCUGCCCCUAUCUUUUAAAAUACUGAUUUUAUUUAUUUUCAUGGAACAGAAGGUAAAUUUUGAGAAAACAAUUGUUAGCACAGUAAACAACAAACAAUUUUUCCUGAUAAAACUACAGACUUUUAUCAUACCAUGUGUUACAAGUUUCAUUUGAUUCCUCUAAGAGAUCAAGCCACAUUUUCCUAUGAGUACUGGGUGGAUUUCUGCCACAGUCUGAACAAUUUAUGUAUUCAAUAAACAUUUGCCAUAUGUUAUAAAGUAAAUAUGAAUUGUGUUUGCCCUUUGCUUGUCACGAUUUUUGAGAAUUGGGAAUGCUUUGUUCUAAUUUACUAGUUUGAGUUAGAUAGAGUUGUCAUUCUUCAGGUUUUUUUAAUCAGGAUGAUUGGUCCAUCACCACAACAUACUCUUUUUGAAGGGAGCUUCAGGAUUCUAUUCCAACCCUGAAGAGCUUCUACCAGUCAGUGUAAACAAUACUGAACUACAUGGGCCAACACUCUGACUCAGUAUAAGACAGCUUCCUCUGUCUCUCUCCCUCUCUGUCACCCCCAGCUCCAGCCUGGACGGUUUAUAUAUACAGUAGUUGAAUCCCUGGCAGUUGGAUUUAGAGAACACCAUCACCUUGCUGGUAACAAACUCCAAAUUAUUUUUAAUAUGAUUUGAGCUUUUUGGUUUCCAUGCUUAUUCAGUAUCCAGCUAUAGCCUGAAACCCAAACAAUACAUUAUGAGAAAUUUGUGGCACCCCCUUCUCCCUUGCACAUAGAAAAUUAGCAGGUCAUGGAGUGGCUAGGUCAAAUCACUUCACUUUGAGAGACAGCUUUCUAUGUGAACUUUUUUUUGAGGGGGGAAUGGAGGAAUAUUCAUGGACCCUUUAUUGGGUCCAUGCACCACAUAAUAGCCCUUAAUUCAAGGCACCGGGUCAGCAAACCUCCUUCUUUUAAUUAUUUUUGAGACUGGAAGCAAGUAUGAAAUGGAUUUUUUAUCUGCCAGUUAAUUAGCAUCCAGAAAACAAAAGACUGCUGGAGGAUGAAAAAGCACUAAUUAACAGGCUCCUUUUGGACUUUUUGGGGUGGAAAAAAAAGAACAAACUUGUGAUGACUGGGACUGAAGAAUGGGAAAACACUGCUGAGCAGAUUGAGAAAUAGUUGGAUAUUAUAUUGGAACACAGCUAGAUGUUAUCCUGGAGUGUAUAUUUUGAAUACAGUGGUACCUUGUUUUACGAACUUAAUCCGUUCUGGAAGACCAUUCUUAAACCAAAACUGUUCUUAAAGUGAGGUGUGCUUUCCCUAAUGAGGCCUCCCGCCGCCAGUGCCCUUCCAUCGUUCAGAUUCUGUUCUUAGACUGAGGUAAAGUUCUCAAAUCGGGACACUAUUUCCAGUUUUGUGGAGUUUGUAAACCAAAUCGUUCUUAAACCGGACUGUUCUUAAACCGACGUACCACUGUACUUUGAAUAAUCUUUAUGUACAUAAUUGGUAGAUGGAGAAUUGGAAGCCCUUCUUAUUUCUUAUCUCUCUUCUAUGAAUUCUAAUUCUUGUUUUCUUCUGCUAACUCUAUAUUUAUGUUUUCUUCUUUGAUGUUUCCUAUUUUGGAUUAAUGAAGAUACACACAAGAAGGUAAUGGAUGGAAGAUAAAGGGCCCUGCGUGAGGGACAGGGUAGAGAGGAUCUUUGAAGGUGGGAGGCUGGGGAGAAAAGGGGGGAAGCUCCCAAGUGGGGGCUGUGAGGGCUCACCCUUCUUGUGUGGAAUAAAGGUUAAGACACAGCCUUGAUAGAGGGCUUUGUAUUAAUUUCUACUUCAUCAUCAUAUUUCUCUUAUUCUCUCUGCUUUAUUUUAAUUUAGCUUAGUUUUGCUUUUAUUGUAUUCUCUGUUGAAAACUAUCAAUAAAAAAAAAAUCGAUUUUUUUUUUAAAAGCUGCAUUCUUAGGUUGAUGUGCAGACCAGUGAGGGUGGGGACGUCUGCACAUGAUCCCUGUACUGUAAUCUGAUGUUUCCCUGCAAUGAACUCUUCACUGAAUAUGUGAUUUUGUAAUUUUUACAGCAUUCCUGUGAUUGAAUCUGUGUUCCUGGAGUAGUUACAAGCAUUGCUGCAAUUGUUUUAUUGCGUUGGGUCACCUUUUGAUCUUAUACUUUGUGUUGAUAUGCUGCUUUAUAGUCCUUUUCUCGUUUCUUUAUAAAAUUAUUAUCAAUUGAUGGUGAAAUAACCUCUGGUUGAAAACGCAUGUGCGUUUCAACGUUUACCUAAAGCGGGACCAAAAAAUAUUAAAACUGCUAGGAGCUUGCUAAAGGCCGAAAUUCAACUUGUAAAGCUGGCACUCAGGAAAAAGCUUCACCCGUUGAAUUCCUGCCUACUGGGCCUCCAAAUCCAGAGCGUGAGUAGAAAUGUAUCAACGUUCGUGGGUAAGUAGUGCAAACAAGACACACACAACUUAUGGGGGAGGGGCUCCUCCUCCCCCCACAGUAGAGGAGGAUGAUUUUGGGGCGUGUGUGUUUGCGGAGGCUGAGGGGUCGGGAUGAGGCCUUAACCAGCGAGAGGAGCCAACGAACUCUAAAGCGGAGCCGAUUCAGCUCUUUAAAAACAUGGUCUAAGACGCGCCCGCCCACUUCACGCGUCGUUCGCAAGAGCGCAUGCUCCCAAACAAUGAAAGAAAAAUCCUCCCAAAGGAAACACCGAGACUCUCCUAUCAUUUUUUUUUUUUUUGCGUGCGCGCAGGCACUUGGCUGUGCGCACGCGCACCCGUCGCGCCUCCCCGAAGGUCAAUCUUUCUUUCUCCCCCCCCCAAAAAACCACACCCCUAGCAUUGCCCUUUUUCCGCUCCGCCUCUUCUCCCCCGGCUACUUCGAUGAUUGGUCCCUUUCCUGGUUAUCACUGUCAACGGAACUCUUUUUUUGUUUGUUUGUUUCUCAUUUUUAUUUUCUGGGUUGGCAUCAGCCGCUCGCCUGUAUUCUUUCCGCCUCCUCCCCUCCCCUGCUUGGAGUGAGGCGAUUUUCUGUGUGUGUGUGGCCGGUUUUUUUUGCGACAGGACGUUGCGGCUCUUCUUCUCACCGCCCCCCUCCCCUCCUCCCGCCUCCCUCCGUCAGUAGUGGGCGGGGAAACCCCGUGUAAGGGGUGGCCGCCAUCUUGGACAGAGUGUGUUGUGCGAGCGGAUUGAAAGGAGCAGAGGAGGGGCGGUGGCGAGUGGCAGUAACAGCAGCGAGGGACGAGUGGGGGUGGGGGAGAAAGAAAGGAGAGGAGCUCGCUGCGCGCGCGCAGACACAGGCCCCCACCUCCCCACCCACAAUACCCAGAGCACGCGUAAGGCGGUGGUGGGGCCGGCGCCAGACCGAGUCUCGAACCCGGAACGAGAAGGGGAGGAGACCUCCCUUGUUGCUGCCGCCACAGCCGGAACCAAGCUGCCCAGUCACCAGUCCCUCGGACCCAGGUAGGUUUGUCGAGGCCUAGCCGGGUUUCAAGGCCUCGCGCGGGGUUGCCUGGCAACCGGAGGCGGGGUGGGGGGCACUUGACCCCUCCCUCUCUUGGCUGGGUGGUGGUGAAGGGGGGCUUUUGAGGGAAGGGUCUGCGGUGAGUCUUGAGGGCGGCUAGGCCUCCUCCUCCUCCUUUGUAUUGCGUGUUAGAGGCCUGCGGGUGCCCAGGCCUCCCCUCCCUGCUCACCGCUUUGCAGGUGGGCCCACCACACCCAGCUCCAGAGGAAAGGGGGAGGCCUCCGCCCGUGCAAAACCGCCGCUCACGUUUGCCUCCCUUGGAGAUGUGCCCUUUUCCUCUCUCUUAACUUGGCGGGGUGGGAUUGAAAGACUCCCACCCCGAUCCCUUGCCAUUUCGCCCCCGCCCCUACCUGUGCAUGUUUAUUCGGGUGUUGCUCUUGCACAGGUGUUGCCCUCCCGGAUAAGGUGGGCUGGAUCCGGACUUGGUCAUGUUCAGAGCAAGCCCCACCAUAAUCCUGCGGGGCUUCAGCAUCGUUGAUUUCAAUUGCCAGCUUGAGCUCGAUGGGCCUGAGUCAGGGGGAGGAUGUGAGGAAGAGCCCUGCUGGAUGAGGCCAAGGGAGGCCUAUGUAGCCCAGCCUCUCGUUCUCAAGGGGCUAAGGGGAUGCUUAUGGGAAGGCUACAAGCAGGGUCCGAGUGCAACAGCCCUCAUUCCUUCUUGUCAUCCCCAGCAACUGGUGUUCAGAAGCAUACUUGCUCCCAAGAGUAGGGAAGGAACAUAGCCAUUGAUAACCCUACCUUUCAUAAAUUUGCCUAAUCCUCUUUUAAAGCCAACUCAAGAGGCCACCACUACCUCUUGAGGUGAGUAUUCCAUAGUUCAGCUCUGGGCUGUGUGAAGAAAUGAUUUUGUUCUGCUCUGUCUGGGCUUUCCCAGUACUUAAGUUCUAGUAUUUUAUGAAGGGAGGGAGAAAGACUUCCUCUUUUAUCCAUUUUCUCCACAUCAGCCUUUGUAAGUAUUGAAGAUGCAUAUCCCACUGGGCUCAAUGAGCCUUGUCUCCCCACACCCCCGUGCAAAAAAAGUAAGGGUUGCAGCCUAACAUGGCUACUCCUGGUUUUAAUAGAUGCUCCUCUGUGUGGUAUUUGCUUCUUGCACUACACAGAUUCUAAGUUGUUGAGCCCUGUGUCUCAAAUAUUGAUAAGUGCCUUGCAGAGUGAAUAAUGCUGCUACUAGGGAGUGUGGUGCUCACCCCGGGUGUAUUGGUGGGUGGUCUUUAUUCCCAUGGAAUCUAGGUGUAUUGUUAAGUGUAAUGCCCUGCUAGAGGGUGGAAUAUGUUUGUGUGUAGCUUAUAUAGGCCUAAGGGGCAAGGAGGAAAAAAUAUAGGGACGUGGGUGGCAGAAAAAGAGAGAGAAAGGAGUACCCCCACCAAUCUUUUCUUUUUGUUGUGGCCCAUUUUGGCUCUGGGUUUACCAAUUGCCAGUGUACAGACUCUGGCAGAUUACUUCUGAGCCCUUGACAGAAAAAAGGUUGUUCACCCAUAUAUGGCAAACUUCUUCUUAUUUGAACUCUUUAUGUGGGUCUUGAGGUCAGCCCAUCUCUAAGUCUAAGGGGAUAAUACGACAAAAAUCCAAUAGAUGUGUAUUUGAUUUGUAUGCAGAUUAAUGAUGGGUGAUUAUUUCUAUAACAAUUUUGUUAUAUGCACCUGUAAGUGUCAGGGUGUGUCUGAGGCACAUCACCAUUUAUGACCAGUUUGCUUGAAAAGGCAUUGUGGAAAGGCCUGUUAUGCAAAUGCGUAAGACAGGCAUUGCAGACAUUGCAUUCUAUGUGAAUGCGUGUGUGUUUCAUGCAUGAUGUUUUAAUACAUGGUGAUAGUCUCUGUGAUAAUGAGAAAAGCUUGUGUGCCUUUAAUUUGCACAUUUGUACAGUUAUAUGCACUGGGAAUCUAUUAUGCCCGGGAACAUCGUGCAAAUUUCCCUUGUUUGUUAUCUAGACACCCUGUGUGUCCAUGCACACAUGCACACAAUUUAUAGCUCUGUAAAAGUGCUCAUUAUGUGCUAGUUGUAUUAUGCUGGCAUACAACACAGUGAAGAAUGUGCAUUUUAUCUGUGGCUUGAAUAACAAACAGAAAAUGUCUGAGAUAGUGUAGUUGGGCUGCAGCCCUAUACCCACUCACCUGGGAGUAAGCCCAAAUGAACUUAAUUGGAAUAGAUUUGCAUAGAAAUGAACUGUAAAAUUUGGAUCUGAACUUAAAAGGGUACCAAGUGGCAGUAUGUGCAUCAUUUACUAGUGCUCUAAUUUUCACAGUUUAGGUUGUGCAAUCCUUACUAUAUAACUAACUGUAGUAGUACUUCCUCAGUAAGAGAAAUAGCAGAUUAAGUGGUUCUGUUUCUUAAUGUGUAGGAUGAACUGGGUGCAUUCCUCCCUCUCUCAUACUGUAUGUAAACAGUUGAUCCUUAAUGAGGGAUAGGCUGUGCUUGUUUAUACACUCACUUUUUCCUAUGAGCAUUCAGGUUGAAUGUACCUUAAGUAAGCCUUUAAUAUGUAUACUUUAAGUUGAAAUUGACAUGGCAGUCGUUUGCUAAUAAUGAAAAGGAAUUAUUAUUUCAUAUUAGAGAGAGCAAAGUUUUGCUUUAUGGCUUUGCAUAGUUAGAAAAAGAGUUUAAUGUUGCAUGGGGAAAUCCUGGAAUAUAUUUUUCACCCUAUCAGCAGUGUCUUUUAGAAAGCUUCAUAGAAGGGAACUUACCAAAAAGUUUGAUUUAUGGUUGCUAAGGCAUCCGCAUUUACCCUGCUUACAUGCAGAUUUUUUUUCUUCCACUGAAAUGUCUGCUUUCUAAUGAAAUACUCAAAAGAAAUCUCAUUGAACUCAGAUUCUAAGAACUCAUGCUUAUGUGAAAUCCUUUGAGUUAGUUUCAGGAACUUCAACGGACACGAAAAAGAAACAAACGGGAAUUGUCAUCUGUGCAUCCUAGAUGUGUGUGCAUCCUGGAGUGUGACUGUGUGUAUGUGUGAGAAUAGCUUCCCCCUGUAUCUGCCUUCCCAUGGGAUAUCUGCCUUAAACUCUGCAUUUUGGGGAAACCUUGUCAGAUUCAAUUGCUGUGCCUCCAUCUUGAUGUCUGUGCUUAGAAAUGGAAAUGACUGCAUGUAUUUUAAUUUAGUUGGUAAUGAGCGUCUUGAUUUUCACACAACACUAAGCCAUAGUUUAUUAAACUCUGAUUUAUUAAACCAUGGCUUAGCAAUGGUCUACCAAUUAACUACAAUUUGAAGCCUUUAUUUGUUAUUGGCUUACAAACCUAGUGUUAGGUGUAAACAGCAGGAUUUUUUUGCCCAUUCCACACUAGAUGCUCACCUAGCUAAAGACAUGAGGUAAGAGCAGUGGUAAGCCAUGGUUUGUUCAAUCAUCUGUGGGACAACUCGUGGUUAACUUGCGCUAUUAGCUAAGGCUUUAGUAAACCAUGGCUUAGCAUUAUGUACAAACGUGGCCAGUGCUAGAGAGUUCAUAUUUUUUCCUAUACUGAUGUAUGUGUUUUGGAUUCAUAACAUUUAACAUUCAUAACAUUUAUUUGGAUCAUAAACUUUCUAAAAGGACAGUGGUGCUGUUACAACAGGCAUACUUAUGCAACGGCCAUGCUUUUAUACAGAGUUCUUAUCUAAAACUGCUUUUUUAAGCACAAUUGGGAAUAAAUUACAUUGAGCCAGUGUUAGAAACUGAGAUAUGAAAGCUAGGAGCUAAAUGGCACCUUAAACCUAGAUUAUGGGCGCAACAACAGAAUGUCUAGGCGUACUUUUUUAAUAACAAGAAUACAAAGCUAAAAAUGAAUGAGUGGCUGGAAGUGGGGAAGCAGAAAAGGUCCUCCUUUCCUUCCACUGCAGACAAACCCUGGAUUCUAUCUGUACCCCCUUUCCUUCAUAUAAAUAUAUCUUAUAUGAAGAGCCAGUGUGGUGUAGUGGUUAAAAGUGGUAGACUUGUAAUCUGGGGAACCGGGUUCACAUCUCUGCUCCUCCAUAUGCAGCUGCUGGGUGACCUUGGGCUAGUCACACUUCUUUGAAGUCUCUCAGCCCCACUCACCUCACAGAGUGUUUGUUGUGGAGGAGGAAGGGAAAGGAGAAUGUUAGCCACUUUGAGACUCCUUCGGGUUGUGAUAAAGCGGGAUAUCAAAUCCAAACUCUUCUUCUUCCUCUUCUUCCUCUUCUUCUUCUUCUUUUUGGCACCACAAUUAAAGCAUAUUAAAUGCCUAUAUAACUGAUGGCAGAGACAUCCACCUUGAGUGUCCAGUUCGCAAACCUAAGACUUAAGGGUCCUUCAAUGAUCCCACUCCAAAAUGUGUUCUGAUUUUAAGCAUCACUGUUAAGAGUCUGAGGUAGAUAACACUUUAACAUUCACUACUUAAACCAUCAUAACUAACUGGCUAUUAUAUUUCAAAUUAAAUGUUUUACUUGGGAGGAAGCCUCAUUGAACUUGGUAGGGAUUUACUUCUGAGUAACAGUGGCAAUUUUAAUCUGAAAUCUUAGGCGCAGUACUGCACCCAGAACUCAGAAACUGCUCGUGUUCACGAAAGUCUCGUCGCAAAAUGCGCCUGGAACAAUGGGAGUUUCGGACGCUGCAUUGAGCUUGGUAGGACUUGAAUAAGAAUAGAGCUGCAAGUUGAUUUAAGAGUACAGUGGUACCUCGGGUUACAUAUGCUUCAGGUUACAUACGCUUCAGGCUACAGACUCCGCUAACUCAGAAAUAGUACCUUAAGUUAAGAACUAUGCUUUAGGAUGACAACAGAAAUCGUGCAGCAUUAGUGCGGUGGCAGCGAGAGGCCCCAUUAGCUAAAGUGCUUCAGGUUAAGAACAGACCUCCAGAACAAAUUAAGUUCUUAACCCGAGGUACCACUGUAUAGGGCAGGGGUCUGCAACCUUUAAGACAAAAAGAGCCACUUGGACCCGUUUCCGAAGGAAAAAAAUCUGGGAGCCGCAAAACUCGUCAGUAUAAAAAUAACUUUUUUGUCACUUUAUUAUUAUUUUUUUGUUUGACCCCUCAGAAUUACUCCUCCUCAUAGAAAUAAACGUUAAAUUAACAAGUUACCUUUUUGUGUGUGUGUGUUCUUCACUCCUCUUCAAAACAGUGACCAGCGUACAUGCCCCCUUUCAAUGCAGUGACCAGCGUACAUGCCCCUUACAAUGUAACGGGCGGGCGGGAAGGUGACGUUGGGAUGGUGCGUGACUAACGCACGUACCGCCCCCAUGCGACGUCACAGCCAGUACAGCGCCCGCCACAGUGGGGAGUGUCGGGGCGCACAAUGCGCCUCCUCCCCUCGCUAGUAUCCGCCCCGGAGCUGCGGCAAAGGUGUAAAAGAGCCACAUGCAGCUCCGGAGCCGCGGGUUGCAGACCCCUGGUAUAGGGGAACAUUAUUUCAAGUAAUACCUGCUGCUUGAAAUUUCUGAAGUUACACAUUGGCCACACCCUAAGCUGCAGUUUAAUGUAAAAGUAUGUAUUGUCCUGUGCCACUUCCAUCACACAGGUUGAAGGUUCAUAUGCUGGAAUGCUCUUUCACGUGCAUUUAUUCUCUCUCCCUUUCCCAGUGAAAAAUAGCAUGUCAGGAUGAACCUAGCUUUUCUCCCAACAUGCUAGUUUCUACAAAAGGAAUCUCCUCCUCCAUCUAACAUAUGAUCUUCUCCUCUCCUCUCCCAAAGUGGUUUAAUGCGGACACAGGCUUUACAGUCUCAAAGAGAACAGUGUCUGUGAUGUGUGCACAUGUUGCCAGAAUCUUAUGCCAAACAGAAUGCAACAGAUGAAUGUAUUCUUUCCUGAGGUGUAAGUCAGUCAAAACAUUCUUGCAUGCUGUGGGAAUCUUAAUUCACUUUCCUUCAACAGCUCUGAUGUGUGUAUCAUAUAUAUUCAGAAUACAUACAGCUCCUUUCAACCACUUGUCAAAGAUAAUAGGAGUUACAAUCCCACAAAGUCUUGAAGGGCUGCAGUUUACCUGUCUUGUGUUCUCUUCUCCAGGAGUUAAUGACUUCAUUUGGAUUUCAUGGUAAACCGUGAAAGGUUUUGUUUGCUCUUGCUACAGCUGCAGGGAGGAGCUUUCACUUACGUUUUUGAUUAACCACAGUUUAGAGUCCAAACUCUAAACAGUGGUUAAUCUGAACUGUGAUUUGUUGGAACUACAAGCGAGUUUCAUAAACAACAUUUUGGUGUUGGCUUGUUAUAAAUCAUAGUUAAGCUGGUUGCAUUUGGGAGACAAAUGCUAAGCUGCGCUUAAUUAAAAUAAAAUGGAAGUGAAAGCUUCCAGAUUAUUCGUUGUAGCUGUGCUAGAGGGGGAAGUGCAGGAACCUAAACUUGUUCCUGUUGCAAUAAUAAUUAUAUCCUGACAACCUAAAGUAGCCAUAAAUAAAUGAAUGAAUGAAUGAAUGAAUGAAUGACAUUGUGUAUUUAUUAGCAGCCAUAAGGGUACAGCACCAGGUAAUAGUUAAAAGUCACCUUAGGUCACGGAUAUUCUCCCCAAAAUUCCUCAGUACAGUACAGUCACACCUCAUGUUACGUUUGGUUCAUGUUACAUUCUUUCAGGUUAUGUCCUGUGGCAACCUGGAAGUACCGGAAAGGGUUACUUCUGGGUUUCGCCGCUUGCGCAUGCGCACAAGUGCCAAAUCGCACCGUAUACCUGCGCAGAUACGAUGCUUCAGGUUGCGCUCUUUUCAUGUUGCGAAUGGGCCUCCAGAACGGAUCCCGUUCACAACCAGGUGUACCACUGUAAUUAUAACUGUCACGACUACAGUUUUUGCACAUUGUUAGGCUGUGGUCAUAGUAAAAUCCCCUUGAAUUCAAUGAGUUUCAGUCCUAUUUGGUAAGGUAAGAAUCCCCAGGAGUGUUAACUGGGAUCAAAAAUUGGACAUGUUUGAGGCCUUUGUUAACACAUUCAGUCAGUAUUUGCUUUGUUUAGCAGUAUUUGUUAAUGACUGACCUGGAAACAAAAGUAUUGAUUUAGCCUAUUAACUGAGGGUGGCUCCUCUGAAAAGGGAUAGUGUUAAUGUUGGUAAUUAAAGGAUGACCACUAUCUAGGAUUGCAUUGUACUAAUGUUUAAAAGACAAGCUUAUGUAUGAAACAGAAUAGAGGCCCUAAGAUCAAUUAAUGCUGAUGUUCCCAAAUUGUGGCUUAUGAGCUUCAUUCAGGUGGUCUGAAUGUUCAUAGUGAUUUUCAGUUUUAUUUUUAUUGCUUCUGUUAUUUCUUAUAUUGUAUUUUUUGUGUUACAAUUUAAAUUCUGUGGAAUUUUAGUUGUCAUACAAUAAAAUGCAACAUAAGAAAUAAAAAUCAACAAAAAAUCAAUUGAAAAUUAUACAGCAUCUAGCACAACACAUUAAAAUUGCUACAAUGUAAAACAAAAAUCAUUAAAUGGUCUGCUAAUACAACUGAGGUCCAAGGGGGAUAUAAGUUUGGGAGCUCCUGAUUUAGUGCUUAUGAAUGCAACUCAGAAGUAAAAAGGUGUUUGUAUGGAACAGAAUAUGCUUUUGAAGAUUUUUCCUCUACCGAGUUAUUCUGAUAAUCUUCAGAGUUGGUAUUUUUUUGCCUUGUGAGUGACUGCUGCAAACAGUUAACAAAACCAAGUGUCAUAUGAUACUCCCAAUACGGACUAGCCUCAGUUGGUGUCAUUCAUAAAUACAGCAGGCUGUCAUGUGUAACAAUAGAACACUGACUUUGCUGUGGUAUAGUGCGCAUGCUCUUCAGUGCAAAAUUGAUGAAUUCAAAUCAGGUGAUGGAACAGGAUCUUGUGCUUAAUAGCUGAAGUUUGCUCUUGGGGAAAUGUCUGAGUAGAAAUUGAGGAUGACAUAAGAGCAAACUUUGAAGUUGCUGGUUUAUUAUAGCUAUAUAGUGGUACAUUGGUUCUCAAACGCCUUGGUUCCCAAACACCAAAAACCCGGAAGUAAGUGUUCCGGUUUUUGAAUGUUUUCCGGAAGUUGAAUGUCCGAUGCAGCUGUCAGCUAUUGUUUCCGGGGCGCCUGCACCACUCAGAAGCGUGCCUUGGUUUUCGAACAUUUCGGAAGUUGAACAGACUUCCGGAACGGAUUAAGUUUGGUUUGUUUUUGCUAUUUAUUUAGCAUUUUUGUUUUUGAGGCUUUUUGGUUAAUUUGUUUUUGUGACUGUGUGGAACCCAGUUCAGCUACUGAUUAAUUGAUUGUGUGACUGUCAAAAUGAAUAAAAGCUCCUCAUUCAAACAAUGAUUAUCAUCAGUGCAGGUAAGGAAAAAAGUUAAUUUUAAUUUUUAUCAUCUGCAAUACAGCCUUAUUUAUUUUAUAAUACAAUACAUUGCUUAUUUCUUUCAUUUUAUGGAUCAACAGUCUCGUUAGAUUGUAAAAUUCAUGUUAAAUUGCUGUUUUAGGGGUUGUUUUUAAGAGUCUGGAACAGAUUAAUCCGUUUUGCAUUACUUUCUAUGGGAAAGUACGCCUUGGUUUUGGAACGGACUUCCAGAACGGAUUAAGUUUGAGAACCAAUGUACCACUGUAAGUGAUCCAGCAGUUGUACAUUCUAGUAUUAAGUCUAUGAGAGGCUAUCCCAUUUUAAAUGAUUGCUGGUACCUGCUUCCAGCAUUCAAAACUCCGAGAAAAAGGAGGACCCUUUUCUGCCUCCCCACUUCCAGCCACUCUGAAGACUUGAAAAGCGACCCUCUUAAGAAUAUUAGGGGGGCUGGCAGGGGAAGCAUGGCUUUGUUUUUUGCAGUCUUCAAAUGAGGACUAGACCAUAUGAAAAAUGAAUAUAAGAUUUUAGCUGCAGUUCAUUCAUUUUCAGCUUUGUAUUCUUGUUAUAAAAAGUAUGUCUAGACAUUCCAUUGGUGUGCCCAUAACCUAGGUUUAAGGUGCCAUUUAACUCCUAGCUUUCAGUUUCUAACACUGCUACUUCAUUUUUUUUUCCUUGACAGUUUGCAGCAAAGGAGAUACUGCAUUCUCCUUGGAAAAUUUAAAACUUAUUUCAGCAAUACAUUAAACUGGGAGGGGGAGAGCGUAUUUAACUUACUCAUAGAUCUUUUAUUGCUGUAGCUCACAUGAAUGUGCUCCCCAUGGUAACAUUAGCGACAAUUGAAGUUUGCCUGGGUUUCCCCUUCCACUCACAGUUGUGGUUAAUUUUUUAUUGGGGGGGGGGGAUGAAAGGGAUGGCAUGUUUAGGUGAGAGUGAAGGCUUUGGUGGCUUCUUCCACCCAAAUUGUACCCUUACCUCCCCCAAAAGGAGCCUUGAUGGACCCCUACCCCAACCCCUUCUCCAGUAAGAGAAUAUACAGGUGGUAUAGCGAAGGGUGGGGGGAAGAUAGAGAAAUAGAGGGAAGGGUAGGGUCACAGUGCUUUUUCUCUGCUCUAAUCCUAACCGUGCCUACUCAUGGUUAGGAUUAACCAAGUCCUAUUAAACAUGGUGCGGCUUAAUCCCAUGUAAAUGGGACCAGGUUGGCAACCUGGAGUGCCUUUUCCCAGCUAGCCAGCCUCCAUGUCUAAUCGCUAUUAGAAGAUGCUUGCAGUAUGGGGGCAGAAAAGAUGGUCAGUAGGCUUUGGUUCACAGUACAGUGGUACCUUGGGUUAAGAACUUAAUUCAUUCUGGAGGUCUGUUCUUAACCUGAAACUGUUCUUAACCUGAGGUACCACUCUAGCUAAUGGGGCUUUCCACUGUCCCCGCACAAUUUCUGUUCUCAUCCUGAAGCAAAGUUCUUAACCUGAGGUACUAUUUCUGGGUUAGCGGAGUCUGUAACCUGAAGCGCCUGUAAUCUGAGGUACCACUGUAUUCUCUUCUCCCCUGCCCCACCCCAAAAAGAGUCUUUUUAGCAUACACAGCCUACUGCUGUCUCUAUAGGAGAACGUUGGGGGUGGGCAGGUGUGGCAUUUAAUGCUUGUAGUACAUCAUAGCUGAGGAGUGAUGGGUUGCAUUUUGAGAGCUCCCCCCUCCAACUUAGAUUCCAGAUUAUCCUCCAUGUUCCCCCUCUUUCCAUAAUCAGAGUUUUCUGCGGGGUAAGCGACUUGAUUUCUGUGGGGAGCUACUGGGGUGGCAGCUGCUUUUGAGCCUGCAAUCAUGUGAUAUUGACUAGUUUGUGUGUGUGUGUGUGUGUGUGUGUGUGAGAGAGAGAGAGAGAGAGAGAGAGAGAAAGAGAGAAGCCCCUUAUCCAGGCCUUGAUGCUGCUGGGUUAAUGGGCCCCCACUCUGAAUCUGGAAUGUAUAGUGGUUCUUCUUCUUGCUGCUGCUUUGGUUCAGCAGCAGAGCAUCUGCUUUGCAUGCAAAAGGUCCAAGGUUCAAUCCCCAGCGGCGUUUCCAGGUGGGGGCAGGGACGGUCCUCUUCCUGAAACCCUGGAGAGCUGUUGACAGCCUAUGCAGACGAUACUGGGAUUGAUCGAUCAGUGGUAUGAACUUGGGCAGCUCCCUAUGUUUCCUUUACAUUAAUUACAUUUUCGCUGGCCCCUUUCAAUAAAAAACUAAGAAAAUCACGGCUGGAUCUGGCCAAAGGCCACCUAACAUUUAUGCAGGAGUUAAAGGGUUGGGGGCAGAUGGGUUGAAAUAGCUCUUUAAACCCUUGUUCAGUGGUCCCUCUAACCUCAUAUUUGAGCUGUGGGGAGGCUACAGAGUAACAUUUGGGGGGCAGAAUUAAGGGUGCUGCUCUGGCUCAGCAUCUGUUGUGAGCUUUGUUGGUUGGGAGCUGCCUUCCCCUUGGAGGCUGUCUGCUCCCUGCCUAAGCUCAGUUAGUCUUGUGCUGCCCUGUGGCAUGGAGUUCCAGAAGUGAUCUCUGUGCCUAAAAUUUCCUGUUGCACCUCAUUGAUUUCCACACUACUCCACAGACCACCUGAUUUGAUCAGCAUCUCUCUCUCUCUCUCUCUCUCUCUCUCUCUCUCUGCCACGCUGCUGAGCAAAUCACCUGGUCUGGUAUCAUGGCAGCAAAAAGAAAAGAAAAAAAGGUGCAUAGACAUUUUGUUUUCGUGCCCUCAACAUAGGUCUCAGGUGUCACAUGACACCUAGCUUUCCUAUCCCAGUUUCUAACACUGCCCUUAUGGUCUCCGUGGCAACAUGAGCCUUGAAACUAGCUGCCCAAGUGCUACAUAACUAAAUUUCCUUUAUUUGAGGGGAAACUACGGCAGAGUUGGUAAAAUCACAACAUUGAGGUAACCCUAAUUACCAUUGUCCUGUGCUCCACUAGCAUGGAGCACCAUUCUUACGUAGAAUAUAGGGCUAUAAUGAGCAUUGCUUCCAUGUUGGCAAAAAUCCUACCCAUUCAUUUUGACUACUUGUAAGUAGCUUAUGCUGUUUCAGACCUGGUGGCGGCGGCUGCUCUGAUGGAGGCCUUAAUUAUUUCUGAGUAGAUGAUUGGUGCUGAUAAGCCAGCCUGGCACUGGCCAGCUGUUUAGAGCUGAACUUACAUCAAACCCACCUAGUAUGUGCUGGCUGGAGCUGAUGGGAGUUGUAGUUCGAAAUGUCUGAAUGGUGUAUCGUUGGUGAAGGCUGUGAUGAGCAUAGGGAUGAAAGCAGAAGCCCCUGAUAAGCAUUGUUCUUUCUCGGGCAGUCGGUGCUGUUGAUUUCAUGGGAUAGAUUGGGAGAGGAUUUAUCUAAAGAAAAGUCAAAAGUGCUGUUGGCUGCUCAUAAAAUCAUGUUUAGUGUAGCAUUUAAACUAAAUACGAGAGCUGGACGAUACCUGCUUUCCAACAUUGUAAUAGAUCGCCAGCUAAACUUUGUGAUAAGGUGGUAUAUUAUGAUGUUGGAAAGGAGGUGGGGAGGAAGAAGGCAGUUGCUGGUCAUGGAGAUAAUUAGCAUCACUAUGUGCAUCAUCUUCUUCCUGGUGAGGGCAGGUGGGUGGUACUGCCCAAGGCAGUGCGCAUCAGCUGAGGCACCACAUGCCAUGGCAGUGUGAAGCCGCCAGCCUCCCUGGAACUGCUAGCUGUGGCUUGCCCUGACAAUAUCCUCUUGCUGUACAAGUGGUAGCUACUGGAAGCCACCAUUCUGCAUGGCAUGAGAAGGAAUGGAGGGAGUAGGCAGCUUGCUACCACUCAUACAGCCAGAGAAAUAAAUGAAGGGGCUGGCUGGCAGGAAAGUGCCACUCCCGAGGCUGGUGGCAGGGCUGCAAAGGGAGGGUUGGAGGGAGUGGGUGAGCAUCAUGCACCCUGAUUGAAGUGCACUAUGCUGGCUGAGAGCAGGCCCAGGGAUUCAUGAUACUUUGCCUGGUUGGAAAUUCUGAAAUUGCUCUUGCGAUUUUAACUUCAAGCCGGUUUCAAGCAAUGUAUCAAUACAUCACCCAGAUCUACUAGAUAUUGCUGAAAAGUGCACCACAUCAUUCAGACAUCAUUCCUCUAAUUACAGCUCCUGCUAUUCUUGGUAGUGGAUGAACCAAGUAUUACUAGCAUGUAAUCACUAGCAUUGAAGUGAAGCAUAGACCUGGAGAUGUAGACUAUGGAAGAGCAAUAGUAGAAACACGACUGAACUAUUCUGGGGGAGUUUGGGACAGAAUACUUGCAGACUCAAAAGUGAUUCAGAAAUAAGAGCCCAAGUUUAGUGUAUUUUUUUAAAGCACCUUUUUGUCCAAGGAUUUCUAAAUGCUUUUUAAGCUGAACACAAUUGUGCUUCACAGUAGGAUUGUAAGAAGCCCUCUUUAUGGAAUUCAUUCGGGUCUAAUUCAAAAUCCUGUUUUCAGGUUUGAACACAGCUAUUGUUUCUGCUGCAGGUAUCAAACUGAGUUUCACUUGGAGCUAGUGCUCUCCAGCAGAGAGAAACUGAAUAAAACAUGGGGAUCUAGAAACCAGAAGUAGGGAAGGGGGAAGGGCAGCAAACUGGAGAUGUUCUGGUCAGCUUUCUUACUUCCGUUACCCAUACUUUACUCUCUUAAUUUCUAAAAAUGAAUGUUAUGUGAAGGGACUGGGAAAAUAUGAGCUAUGGCAGCAUAAUGUGAGGUAGAUAUUAAUUUGUUCUGAGUUCCUAUUUCCCUGGGCUGAUGUAGCACCAUGGCUUGAGAGCAUGAGAUAGAAGAUAGGCAGUUCCCAGACCAGCCAUAAACUCAGCAGGUGGCCUUAGGCAAGGCUGUCUCUUACUCUGUUGGAGGGAUAGGGGAACAAUAGUUGUAAGGAAUCCUCAGAGAAUGCAGAAAGUGGUAUGUGGAGGGUGAUUAGGCAACUCAAGAUCCCCUGCAGAAAGGAAUAUGCUAGGAAAUGUAGUCUAAAUGUUGGAUCAGCCAUCCAGUCCCAGCAGAAGUGGAGAAGCAGUCAUUAGUGCAUGCAAAAAAAGAGGAAUGGAAUUGGAGAAAUGUGCAUCCAUGUCAUCUCAGUUUUGCCUUUUUUUUAAAAAAAAUAAAGAUUCUUUCUAAAAAGUGCCUAGCUUGACCAUCCUAUCAGUGUCAGAAAGCUGGGCCAGAACAAGGUUACCAGUGGUCCAGAGGAAGACACUUGCCUUCUGUUGGACACAGAACGUAGUAUAGUACUAGUUCUACCUUUGACCCCCCCCUACAGGGGAGAUGAGCUUAUGACCAAGCAUUGUUAUUUGUUCUUCCCUGUGAAAUAGUAGCAGUAGCAUAAAAUAGAUAUAUGCAAAUUGGACUAUUUCUGCUAAGCUAAAUACUUUUUGUGUGUGUGUGGCACAGCACUUAAACUCCCUUGGGCACUCUGCAUAGCUGGUCAGCAUCUAAUCCCUGGUGUCAACAUAUUCUUUAGCAGGCUUAUCUGAUCCUAAAUCUCUGAAGUGCCUUAUUAAGGUGGCUGAUUUGCUUAUGUUCUAAAAUAGGUAUUUCAUUUUAUGUUGUCAUAAAAUGGGAUUGUAUAUUUGAGGGUAGCUCAGUUGGCCCAAGAGUGGAGUGUAGCUAUUUGCAUACAAAGCACCCACUACAGUUUAAAUACUUAGUGGACUUGGUUUUGUUUUCAAACAACCUUAACCUAGUGUUCGGUAUGGUAAUCCUAGCCCUGGGGCAAUGUUUUGUUAAUUCAACAUUAUUCAAAAACAGACUUACAUUGUAUACCAUAGAUAGUAUAUUUUAUAUGCAUUUCAGCCAAAGGUCCACAUUCCCUUCUGGGCAACUUUCCAGAGGCCACAAGUCAGUGGCGGUUGGGGCCAGAGGUAGAGGUGGGCAGAGCAACAAAUGUAAAUUUUACUUUUGUACAGAAGGCUAGUUCACAUUGUUACACCCUCUCUAUCCUUCAUUCAGGCAAGGAAAAGGCCUGAUCAGAGUUCAGGGACACACUCCACCGAGGCAAAAAUACUCAAGGAGAGUGCAGCAAACAGGGACCAGUGAGGGAUGUUGCCUUGGGAAAGUGGGUGUGGCUGGGAGGGAGUGUGGCCAGGUAGAGAGACUAGAUGCAGGGGUGGCCAACUCCCAAGAGACUGCGAUCUACUCACAGUUAAAAACUGGCAGUGAUCUACCCCAUUUUGGGGGGUUGGGUCAAAGUUGCUGAGUUUUUUCAGGGAGGAGGUAAAAUGUUGAGCUGUUUUUUAGGGGAGCCACAGUUGUUCAGCUUCUUUGUGGGGAGCCAGUGAUCUACCACAGACGUCCAGUGAUCUACUAGUAGAUCACGAUCUACCUGUUGGACAUGCCUGGACUAGAGGACUGCUUUUAACAACAACAACAACAACAACGUUAUUUAUACCCUGCCCAUCUGGCUGGGUUUCCCCAGCCACACUGGGCGGCUUCCAGCAAAAUAUUAAAAUACAAUAAUUCAUCAAAUAUUAAAAGCUUCCCUAAACAGGGCUGCCUUCCGAUGUCUUCUGAAAGUCAGAUAAUUGUUUAUUUGUUUGACAUCUGAGGGGGGGGGGAACGUUCCACAGGGCAGGCAUCACUACCGAGAAGGCCCUCUGCCUGGUUCCCUGUAACUUUGCUUCUCGCAGUGAGGGACCUGCCAGAAGGCCCUUGGCGCUGGACCUCAGUGUCCGGGCAGAACAAUGGGGGUGGAGACGCUCCUGGCCCCUGGACCUGAGGUUCCUCAUCCCUGACUUGGCGGCUUUGAGAUGGCAAGUAUCUAAAUAUUCAAAAUUAUUUCUAACAUGUUAAGGAACUGCUAAUGACUACUAUUGAACAUAUAUAUUGAAGCAUAUGAAGGGUAAAAGAUUGUGUACCAUGGUAUCAAUGGGCAUGGUGCUUUAGAGCAGUUUAAGCAAAAAAAAGUUUCUGCCCUGUUUCUGGCUGUUAACCAGAAGGUUGGUGGCUCAAGCCUACCCAGGGGCAACUGGGCAGGAUUCCUGCAUAGCAGGACAUUGGACUAGAUGACCCUUGGGAUCCCUUUCAUGUCGGAAAACUGUCUGGAUGCAGCCUGCAUUUGCAAGCUGUGGGUGGCUUUUCAGAGACAGAGAGGCAGCAGGAGACCUGAAUGAAUCCUUGCAGUAUAUAUAGGUAGGUUGCAUUGCAGGAUAGACUUGCAUUGAAAGGUUUGCACUUUUUCUAGGCAAAAGACACCUUGGAAAACAUCUGUUCUUCCAUGGGUUUGGAAUCUGGCUGUCCUAUCCCAGCCUUAAUUCUAAACACUUUGCAUUUGUCAUAUUCAUGGCAAUUAGUCACUAACAUGUGCAGCCUUUAUUAAGUCCUGGAGUUGGGUAAAUGCUCUUGAUGCUCAAGCAUGGUUUCAGUUUCACGGUCUUGAAUGAAAGUCUUUCAGAAUACUUCUCACAGGGAAAGUUGGUAGUUAAAAUAGUGGAAUUGAGCCUUGAAAAUAUUGGAAAUAAUCCAUGCUUUCAUCAGUUCACCUCUUAGGUUUUCUGGGUUCUCUUCCUGGUCUGCUCUGCUACUGUUUUACCAGGAGGCCUGGCAGGUAGGUGCAUUUGGAAAGUCUGCAGUAUCUGGGUGUGUUCACUGUGGGAAAAGCUCUCAUGACAUUGUGUGCUGGAGGAAGAAUGAGUUAACAAAGCUGAAGUAGCUUUUUGAAAUAAAGGUGUUGGUGAAUAUGGUAACUUCUGCAAGGGAUCUGGUGGACGAAAUGCUGUAAGCUUUAAAAUAUCACUGUUUGAGCUCUCUAGGGACUAGUAUUUCCUUGCUCUUUAUAAGAUUUUUGUAUACAUUAAAGAUGGGGAGAUAAGAUGCACUAUAAACUUAAACUCCACUGUCCCUGGGCAGGAUAAUUCCUGUUCUUCACCAUCCUUCUCUUAUUUCACUCAUUGGCUAAAAUCACUGACAGGCGGGAACAGCCAGGCUGCCUCAUUUCACAGAAAUUUCUUAGAACAAUGCCUGCACAUUUUGCUUUAUAACUUUCUAAGAGGGUUAGGUGCUUUUUUUUAUUUUUAAUGAAAGCUCCAAGCCUGGAGCCCCCAGCAAAGGUCUUCAUGGGCACCAGGUUGGCAACCCCAGUUUUAAGUGGAGAUGCUGCCAGAGAUUGAACAUGGGACCUUCUGAACUCCCAAUCCUUCUGCCCUUUAACCCUCCCAUGAGCUUCUUCCCCAGUUCCCCUGAGCUCUGCUGCUCCAUUCUUUGCCCCUUGCCUGCUCUGUUGCCCUCCAUCAUAUCCAGGCGUAAUAUAGCCUGAAUGGCUCAGUUGGUUAGAGUGUGGCGCUGAUAGCACCAAGGUUGCAGGUUCGAUCCCCAUAUGGGACAGCUGCAUAUUCCUACAUUGCUGCAUAUUCCUGCAUCGCAGGGGAUUGGACUAGAUGAUCCUCAGGGUACCUUCCAGCUCUACAAUUCUUUGAUUCUAUGAAACAAUGGAAGCAUUACCAUGGGAAAAAAGCUUUCAUGCAUUUGGCUUGUGUCAUAGUUAAUAAAUUUGAAUCAAGGCUGUGGAGGUUCUUAGCUUCCCACUUAACUCUGUGGGUGAGAAGUGCUUUUCUACAACUUGGAGAUGUCUUGUUGAUGAUGUGAAGAAAGUGGACAAUAACUUACUUUUGGAAUUAUCUCUAGCAGUUGUUUUUCCUCACAUUGCUUGUCCCAACAUGGGAUGUCCUCUUAUUUGGCAAGCAAAUCUGUAAAAAUUGAAAGUACUCAAUUUCCCCUCCUACUCUGGCUAGAUAAAGGAAUUUGUUCCAGCUACCUUCCAGAAACCUAGUACUUCUGGGUCAGUGCCUGGGUGGGAGGCUGCCUGGGAACUCUGCUCCUUUAAGUUCCACAGUGGAUAGACAGUAAGCUUAGAAACACAAGAAGUAUAGUUGUGGCCUAAAAUAUGUAUUUAUUUCAUAAUACUUGUAUACUGCUUGAUUGCAAUGAAACUUGCAAUGAAAAUAAAUAGGUAAAUAAACCCAACUUUGAUGUAGCAUCCCCACAUGGUCACCUGAGUCAUGCUGUAUUCAUACAGGUGACUAGGUCAGUGGCCGUUGAAAGCUUACACUUGUUAAAUAUUUGUGGUGCUCUGAAUUAUUGUUGGAGCAGGCCUAGGGAGAAAUCUUAGGCAUUUGGAAGCUUGGCGCAGACUCCUAGAGGCUAGGUAUCGUUACCAGUUCUGCGUAUUCUAUAUCAAUAAGGAAUGCAAGCACAAGGUGACCUGUUGUAUAAUCCUGUGCUAAUCACAUGCGUUUAAAGUUCAAUCCUUAGAUUUCAUUAGAAUGUAGUUUCAACUAUGCCUUUGAUUUGCACUCUUGGUCCAAAACCUCAAUAUUUGUAUUGGGUCUAGUGUUAGCAUACAUUGUUAGAGUAGCUCCUCUCAAAUUAAUCAAGAAGACUGACUCAAGUCCAUUAAUUUCAAUAGGUCUCCUCUACAUAGAACUUAGUUGGAUGCCACCCAUUUGAGUCCUUGUAUUUUAUAAAAUAGAAUUGUAUAUUCUCCUUCCCAAGAUGACACAAAGCAGCACCCAACAAAUACUUAGCUUGAAGGCUUGCAACAAUGGCUGUAGCUAGCCAAGGGAAACAUGAUUGGCAAAGAUAAUUAAGGCAACAAAGGAAAUCUGAUGGCUUUUGCUGGAGUUAUGGACAGGGAGGAUGCAGCCCUGUGGAGCAUCUCAAGUUCCUGAGCUUUAAGUGGCCCAGGAGAGAAGCAGCCUGGAGAAACGGGUGAUCCACACUUACACACAAACAUUAAAUAUUACCACAAACUGCAUGCACUAUCUGCCUUCUCAGAUUUGUAGUGGGGAAAAGUAAAUGGCAAUUACGGGGUUUGCCUCUGUUCACACCAAUGUACGAGUAUGCAGAUCUCCUUAUUAGUUAAUGAACUGUUGCUAUUAGUGAGUCACAUGAAGGUGGGAUGCAGUUUGAUGUUUCUCUUCAAUCAGUAUCAAGGCUAUAGUAUCAAGGCUGGUUGAACUUGUGCUUCUCUAGCAAUGAGGCUGUGUUUUUAGGGAUGUGGAAUGGUUUUCAUUUGAAAACUAUGGUGUGGACUUCCUAAAAUGUAAGAAAAGGCCACCAACAAUUUCCCAGGCAUUCCUGGUUGGCUCUUUUAAGCUACCAAACACCAAGACACACACCCCUGCUUCGCAAGAGCAGCUAUUGUGAUCUGAUUUCAUUACAGAAUAGAUGUGAGAUUUGCAAGCUGUUCUGGUACCCUGCAUGAGUUGUGUAGCUUCACUCUUCACUCUUGGUAGAAGCACAGUUAGACCUGCAAUUGUAAAUAAGUGCAGUAUAAAAUGGGCAGUAAAAUUCCUUGUAUAGGACGAAUCUCACUUAGGGAAUCUUAAAUGUUGCUUGGUUUUUAUUUUCUACCUCUCCUGGAUUUCAGAUCAUUUAUUUAAGCAAUGAUGUAUGUGGGGUACAUUGAUGUUUCAGAAGCACCAGCGUUUCUCUUCUUGCUCACUGCAUGCAUUCUGUAAAAAAAUAUUAAAUUAAAUUUCACAGGGUGGCUGGUCAUGGGGCAAAUCUGUUUUACACUGAAGUGUCAUUUCAGGCUAAAGAGAAUGUUCAAGAGUGGAGUGCAAAGAUGUGCAUGGCAACUCUGUUCACUGUAUUAAGAUGACCACUUUUGAUUAGAAUUGUUUGAUUUAAAUUGUAGAGCCUACUUUACAAUCUCAUUUAUGCUAGCUCUUGAUUCUUUGUGGAAAUAGUUCCCUCAUCCUUCUGUAUGUGAGGGACAAGUGAGUAGUAGUACUUAGUUGGAUACAACUCCUUGGUUGCUACACUGGGAUAGUCUAGUUAGUCCUGAUAAUCUACUAUGGCUUUUUGAAGGAAUCCUUAAAUAUAAAUUUUGUACAGAGAGGCUAUUUGUGGCUAAGUAGAUAAAUAGAUUCAGUUUACAAAAAGAACCAGCUAGAAAGAGCAUCCAGUAAGCUCUCUGAUUCAAGUAACCUCUCUGUGGGUGUUUAAAAUAAUGAAUUCUCAGGUGUUCCUUUCCUCUCUAUAAGGAGACUAGGGAAUACUUCAAUGAAGAGAAGUUUGUAAUAGGCUAAGCAAAGCCAGAAGAUGUUCAGCCACCUGUGAGUAAAAGGUACGUAUGUUAGGGGCAGCUAUGUUAGGUCUGUAGCUAUCUUGGUAGUGAAGCUGUGUGACUCUGUUAGCAGUCUAAAAAAGUCUACAGGCAGCUAUUAUACUGUUAGUUGGCUACUGUUAAGGGAUAUAGUGCCUUGUAAAAUAGCUGUUUAUUUGGUUGCCUGAGGUGUUAAAAGUUGCUUGCCUGUGGCUGGACUGUGAGAAGCUUUUGAAAAAGUUGAUCUCUCAUGUAGUUUAUAAGUGCCUACCAUAGAGAUAUUUAGAUGGUCAAGCUAGUAAAUGUUAUGGAUUAUUUGCAAGGCUGCUACAGUUGAUACAGGCCAAAAACUAAAUGUGCAGAGUAGAAUCUAGACUGGAGUAAAAUGUAGAGUGCAGCACCUAUGCUGUGGAUCAACUCUUUUAAAAAUAAGUGCAGAACAGUGCAGAACACUUUUGUUUGGAAAGAACAGUGGUGGUGGAAGUCUGUGCCAUCACUGUGGAAAUGGAAGUUGGAGCAGUGGUGACAGAGAAAAUGUUUACCAUUUUGUCUGCAAAAUAUCAUUACAGCUUGGAUGUGACUGUUCAUCCUGUCUCUGAUAGGCAGAUGCUAGCAGGCUGUGGUGAGUGACUGCUCAUGUUCUUGUUACCUUCUGUGCAGCCUGGGUCUUCAAAGCAUUGAGUGCUAUAGUAUUCCUGGGGCUGUUACUGAUUGUUCAGAAGCGUUAAGUGUUCAGAAUAAAAAACUGUUGCACUGUUAGUGUUUUUCCCCUAAAGGGGUUACCUCACAACUGUGGAUCCCAAGUGUCCCUUGCAACUUUGGGUUUUGCAAGAGGCUAAUAUGCUCCCCAUCACCACCACUUGCAGAUUAUUUGUGCUGGAUUUGAGCAGGGACGGGGAACCUGGGAUGCUAUAGAUGUUGUUGGACUUCGUCUUCCAUCAACCCCACACUGCACUGACAGUGGUCAGGAAUGAUGGGACUUUUAUAGUCCAAUGACAUCUGGAUGGCCAAAAUUCCCCCAUUCCUCAAAUUGUGAUAACAUUUAUGGAAGGCUGUGAGUAUGGUAAUCAGAGAAAAAUAUUUCAGCAUUUUAGGAGUAAAAAUGACUUUUAAGUUCAAACUCUUGUAAUCUGUGUUUGAAACUUUAUCUAGGAACAUAUGUGAGCAGAACUGGAUUCAGUCACCUUGAGAUUUUGUAGUUCUUUACCUUAAGUCUGCUGCACUAUUAAACAUAUACAGUGGUACCUCGGGUUACAUAUGCUUCAUGUUACAGACUCCGCUAACUUCAGAAAUAGUACCUCGGGUUAAGAACUUUGCUUCAGGAUGAGAACAGAAAUUGUGAUCUGGCGGUGCGGCGGCAGCUGGAGGCCCCAUUAGCUAAAGUGGUGCUUCAGGUUAAGAACAGUUUCAGGUUAAGAACAGACCUUUGGAAUGAAUUAAGUACUUAACCUGAGGUACCACUGUAAUUUGGGAAAUUGGUGGUAAUGGCUUAGUGCAGUGGUUCCCAGUUAGGGGUCUGGGGACCCCUGGUGGUCUGCAGAAUACAUCCAAGGGGUCCGCGGCCACAUCCCUUGCCUCUCCCCCAACUAAUUUUUUUGUCAUUUUUGCAUGGUAAUAUCACAAAUUUUAUGGUCUGUUUUACCACUGUGUGAUUUUGCAAUAUAUUGGCCAAAAUCUGUUUUGAAAUCACACCGCAGUAGUGAUUUUGAUCUGGCAAUUCGCAGCAAUAUAUCGCUCCUUGCACGAGGGAGAGCAGAGCAACUGAUUUCAAGGCACUGCCCAUAUUACACGAGGAUCUCAGCCGAUAACGCUGCUGAUCUGAGCUUCCUUUCCCCACGCUGAGGGAAAACAGGGCAGCUGAUCACAGAGAUGCAGUGUGGGGGAUCUGUGGAGUCCGUGGUUCCAGGCACGAUUUUGAGAGCGGGCGCAAACAGGCACCCCACUGCAGGCUCCUUCAUCAGAGUCUGGCUCUGUGGCAGAAGUCAUUGUGCCUUGCCCAGGACCGGUACGAGGAGCAGACUGCGAUGUCGGCUUUACUCAUUGGUAUAUCGCUGGUGAAACUGCUACUGCUCCUGAGUCCCUCUGCUAGCAGCGUCCGCUGGAGGGAGCCCAAAGUUCCUUCCUCCAGCAGGCGCUGCUAGCAGAGGGACUUGGGAGCAGCAGCAGUUUUACCAGCAGUAGAUCGCUGAGUAAACCCGCCAUCCCACUCAUAUGAUGGAGAGGGGAAACAAGCUGUAUUGGUGAGGCACCAAUACAGCUUGUUCCUCCCUCUGCAUCUUUAAACUGCUAGACUGAAGAAUGUUCAGCUGCCCUUGCCUCAGUCACGCAUUUAAGGAGCCUCCAGUCCGUUGCUGGCUCCCACAAGUUGGCAGCUCUGUGAAACUGCUCACCUGAGGGGAGCACAAUUGCCGCUCUCUGCAAUGAGCAGUUAAAGGAGCCCCGAAGCUCCAGGGCUGUCUCAGCUGGGGGGGGGGGGCGUUCCCUCCCCCGGGCUGAGCAGCGCAAACAAGCUGCAUUGUUCCAGGCCAUGAGCCUGGGUGAAACUGCCUCAGCUCUUGAGGUGAGAGCUGAGGAAGUUUCACCUGGUGUCUUGCAGGUAGAGGCCAAUGCAUAUUGUUUUUUCAGCAUUGUGGUAUAUCACCAAACUGCGAUGUUUGGCUGGCGAUACACCGCAGUGUUGAAAAGCUGAUAUUCCCCAGCUCUACCACCUGAUCCCCAUGACUUCUCCUCUCAUCCCUGUGCCUGAUCUCCAAUUUCAGACAUUGUGAUAUUUUGGAAUAUUGUGAUGUUUAGCUGCUGAUUUAUAAUAAUAAUGAAAACCAGACAUCGCUUGGCCCUAGUCUGUUUUUUAGUAUACCUAAAAUCCUUGGCUUAUUAGGGGCUACCCCACAUUUUGUUGAAAACACUGCUUUGUAGAGGUAACUACCAUAGAGUUAUCAAAAUCUUCAAAAGUAGAUUGUCUGUGGCUUGACUUUUGAAAAAUAGGGGGUCCUCAGUAAUUGGCUAAUUGGGAACCACUGACGCAGUAUGUGAUAACAUCCUCUCUCUUUUUUUUCUAGUGCCACCAUGGCAACCGCACCUUACAACUAUUCCUACAUCUUUAAGUACAUCAUUAUUGGUAAGUAUAAAUAUAAACCAGGUCUUUGUAUGUAUCAUUUGUUUUACUUGGUGGGUAAGUUUUUGUUAGAGGGUUGAACUACUGUUAGCAUGCUUUGGUGUUCUGAUAGGCCAGUAAUCUCUCUGUACUUCCUUUCCAAAAGAGCAGUAAGGAGGCAGUAUGAAAAGAAUUGCUAUAUCUAUUUAGAACUACAGAUAAGAAAACUGUAGCUUGCAACCUUUGCUUAAAAAUGGAAGCAGCUCAGUCUUCUUUUGUUGCUUUAAAAAUUGUAUUCCUUGCAUUAAUUUUGUAUUUUUUACUUUGAAAUAUCUGUUGUAAUACUUACUGGAUUGUUGAAAUUUUUAUUACUUUUGUAUUUCCUUUAAAAAUUGUUUUGAAUUGCUGAUAUGCUCUUGGUAUCACUGUCUUGCUGAUUGAAGGAAGAACGAAGUCUCAGCUUCACGGGGUGGGUGGUGGUGGAAAUCAAAUGAUAGUCCUUGUGGAACAAAGCAUUUGUGAAGAAAAUUUCCAACCCGCAUUGGAUUCCAGGAGAAGAAACAAUGAUAAUACAUAUAUUGCUAUUAUUGAUUUGAUUUCUCACUGAUCCUUCACCAUCAGGGCGGGUUACAAAAAUAGAUUAUUACAACUGGUUAAAACAAUUUUGAAUUAGAAAAAUAGGACAAGUCCUAAAAAAUAUCUUUGAUGUCAAAUGCCAGGGUAAAGACAUCUGCCAGCAUAUGGCAGAAGCUGUAUCAUGAUGGUGCUGGAUGUGCUUUUACUUGGAGGGAAUUCCUCAAUUUAGGGGCAGUCGCAGAAAAAGCCUGCCUUGGGCCACUACUCCCCAUACUUUCUGAGGGUGGUAGAGCUACCAAGAAGACCCUCUCUGCCUAGCUUAACACCCAAGAGGAUCUAGAGGAAAGGGGUUGGUCUUUCAGGCGUUUGUGGCCUAAGUCAUUUAAACACCAAUGUGAGCACCUUGAAUUGGGCCCUGAAAUUAACUGGCGACCAGUUAACUAUGAAAUGCCCAGUGUAUUUCAGUUAAUGACAGCCGCCUUCAAAGAUACAGAGUUAAGCAAUACUAAGUUCAUGGCUGUGAUUGGUUGUUUUAAACUGCUCUGAGGGGCUUAGCCUGCAGAAGCAGGACUGUAGGCUAUGCAGCCUCUGCAAAGCUCACUGUAAACUUCAUUUGGGGAUAUGCCAUGUUGGGCAAGGAAUUCCUGUUGCACAAAGCUUUUUCUCACAGUGCACCUGUAAAAGCACCUGUAAAACUUCAUGCUUGAUAGUCAUGAAGUGGAGACUGAGAAGGUUGCUCCGGGCCAUUUCCCUUCAUUUAGUUGCUGUGGCUUCUUGUGCUGUGAUUUGCUCAGUGCUUGGCACACAUGACCCAUUGGCCUACAAAUAGUCAUAUGGUGGUAUAAAGCAGGGGAGAGUUUAUAGUUGACAUUGUAUAUGUCAUUGGGCCCUAAACUUGCAACAUGGCUUAUGUGCUGUUUACACCAAGCCUUAAAUAUUUUGUUCAUUCUUCAUGCUAGACUUGGCUUAGGUUACUUCUGAGUGAGGAAGAACUAAAGUGUCUGUGUACUAGUUGUUGGACUACUCGCUGCUAUUCUUAAAGUAGCUGAUCUUGUAUUAAUGUUUAGCAAGCCAGUCUUAGACUUGGGAGAGGCCUAGGUUCAGCUCCCGUCCUGGUUGUAAGCUCUCUGUGUGACUCUGGGUUUCUCCCUCUUCAACUCAACUCUGACAGCAGAGUGGCAGUCAGGAUGAAAAUGGAUGAGUGUUCAUAGCCUUGAACUCUUUGGAGGAAGUGCAGGAUAAUAAAAAAACCCUCUGUCUUAUAAAAUGUGGAAGGAAUGGAGGGGAGAAACAUUUGCACUAGAUGCUGAGGUUAAUAGUUCUAGUGCUGUCUGUUGCAGUGCUGUAGCAGUGCUUUCCGUUUCAUUUUUUAAAAUUUACUUUUAUAAUUCUUACUUGUGAAGUGUUACAAGCAACUGGUGCACAGAGAUUAUUCAUCAGUAGACUGUAGAACACAGAGCUGGCCCUUCAAUAAUGUGAGGUGAGGCCCCUGCCUUGGAUGGCACUUGAGAGAAGUGGUUUUGAAGAGUCACAGCUGCAGCCACUGCCCUGCUGCUGCUUUUUACAUGGUGGGGUUGCCAUAGUUGCUGUAUAAAGUUGCAGCAAGGCAGGGGCUUCUCUUCGUCCUCUUCCUCUUCCAAGUGCCACCAAGGCCUUUCUGGACGGCCAUGGCGAACAGGCUUGCUACUUUCAUAACUUAUGUAUGAGAGCAGCUAGCCUGUUCACUGAGCACCUGGAAAUCAGCAAGCUACUGCUCCGUUAUUGCCGCUGCAUUACACAGCGACUAUGAGGACCCACCUUGUGGAGCAGUGUCUUCCACCUUGCCUCCUCCUCCUCCUCCUCCUCCUCCUCCCUUACCCACCCAUUUCUACACUCUCUUGACUUUCCUCUGCCCACCCCUCCAGCCCAUUCCCUUAAUUUUUGGCUUGGUUGCUGCCUCCAUUGGAUUGCAUAUUUCAAAUGUUGCUGGGCUACGUAUUUACUUGAGUCUAAAGCAUACCUUUGCCAAAUUACAUUGUGAAAAUUAGGAUGCGCAUUAGAUUCGAUGGUGCAUUAGACUCAAGUAAUUACAACAGUGCAUAGUGAUGAUCCUGAUUUACCUACUCAGAAGUAGAUCUGGGACUUUCUCUGCAAUUAAGUGGGCUGUGUAACCCACUGAGUUAGUGUGUGGGGAUGGGAAAUAACUGUUACUGUUUUCCUCAGCUCCUGGGGAGGUUUCUAUUGAGCACCCUAAAGCAAGGCAGAGGGGGAUAGUAAGCAAACCCCUCUCUCCCUCAGUGAAAGCGCCACGAGGGAAAAGCCCCCCAUACCCUUUUUGUCAGCGAGCCGAUCCAAAGCGUGGUUCCCACCUGCCUCAGCUCCUCUACACAGGUGGGGCCCAGCACCUUCCACACUGCGAGAGAGAGAAAGGCGAGCUGCCACUGUGGGGCCUGUUUUCUUGGUGCAUGCCUGCUCUCCUGCUUUGCACUGCCACACUCCAGGGCCCUUCUGCGGGAUCAGCUGAGUCAGCCUGGCAGCUUCCUCUGUUAGAGGGAAGCGGAAGUGGACGCUGUUGCGCAGGAGGCUGCAGUGAAUCCCACUGGGUAGGGCAGGGCGACUUUGCUGUGUGGUUUCCUGAGGGGUCCAGGCUGUGGUUGGUGAUGGAGAAGCAGAGGAGGAGGAAGAGAAGGCGGGCUUCUGGGCAGGUAAGGUGGCCGGCGGGAGAGCGUGCCAGCCACAUGUCUAGUCCUCAGCGUGCCCAGGCGGUGAAGGAGCCUCUGGGUCACAGGGGUGGCAGGAUGGGGGCUGUAAAAAAGGAGGCACCCCCUCUCUGCAAGUCAAUAUAGUUUUGGCGGUCAGUAGAUCUGGGCAAUAUUUACUUGAGUCUAAUGCACACAUUUUUUUGCCAAAUUACGUUUAGGACACACAUUAGAUUUGAUGGUGCAUUCAAUACAGUAUUUAUUGGAUUUAUGCUUCACCUUUUUAUCCCAUGAGCUCAAGGUGGUGUACACAGAUUCUCCUCUUCCUCAUAUAAUCCUCACAACCGUCCUGUGAAGUAGGUUUAGGGGUGGGGGAGGAGGAGACGGAGAGAAGAGAGAGAGACAGGCCCAAGGCCACCCAUUGAGCUUCAUGUCUGAGUGGGGGUUUGAAUUCUGCUCUCCCAGGACCUAGUCCAUCACUCUGGCCACUAUAUCACACUGGCUGUUCAGUGUCAUAUCAUCCCUGACGAUUGAUCAUGCUGGCUGAGGGCUGGUGAGUGCUUGGUGUUGUACAAACGCGCUAUACCGAUGUGGAAAAUGUCCUAGUAAGGCAUUCGGGAGGAUGCAUGUUUAGGUGAUCCUCAGGUGCCAAAAUGUUUUAGGCCGGCCCUGUGUGAAUGACACAUUAUUGCACAGUCAUCUUCUGUGAUACUAAGUUUCAAGCACAGUGAUAAUAGUACAUGGCUUGUUACUAAGACUUGUUUCUUUCUUUUCUCCCCCCCCUCCCUCCGCCCUGUCCCGUAGGGGACAUGGGUGUAGGAAAGUCUUGCUUGCUCCACCAGUUUACAGAAAAGAAAUGUAAGUCUCUUCACAUAUUGACCUUCAAGUGAUUUUAGAUGGUAAUCCACAGCAUGCCUCUUCUCUCUCCUCCUUACACAAGUUGAUUUGGGCUUUUCUUGUGUCUUUGAUCUGCCUGGCUCUAUUUGUGAGAGUGGUCCAGCAUGGCUGAGGCAAAGACACUUAGCAAAAUUGUUUAAUGUGCCACUAUUACAGUUGGACACUAUUUUCAGUCUCUGUCUUAACUGGGGUUGGAAGAGCAUCAUGGGUUGACAAAGCUUCUACAUUCCCUUGAGGCCACAUGACUUCCUUAUGUGCCUUGUGCUGGUUUACUUAAGAUUGACUGCCUGGUCAGCAGUUAGGUCCAGUAUUACUUUUCCCAGCUUAGGCGUAGGUUUUAACUGGACUGUAAGUUACCAAAGCCCUUAAAGUCCAGCUAUCUUUCUAUCUUUGACCAUAAUUUUUAAAAACAAGGCAUACCUUAAAUUUGUUUAAGAACAAAACAGAUAACGGAGGUCAAGAGCUAGUGUGGUUUUUGGCAGGACAGUUGUCUCUUCCUCAUUCCUGAUGAGAAAAUGAAACUGAACAGCUUGGGGAUGGGAUAGUGUUAUAUAGAAAAAAGAUAAUAAUUUUGUUAAUGAAGUACAGAACUUUAUAGCAGUUAGAUUUCCUUUUUCUUUUUAUUGGGAUGGGUGAGAUGAAAUCCGAAGUUAAUAUUAAGCAGGUUUUCAGUUUUACAUGCACAUGCUCAGUGUUGCUAUUGAGAGCUCUAAAUGGAAGUACUGGUCGCCUGACUCUCUCUCUGUCUCUCUCUCUCCUUUUUGGCAACAGUUAUGGCAGAUUGUCCCCAUACAAUUGGUGUUGAGUUUGGUACAAGAAUAAUUGAAGUUAGUGGCCAAAAAAUUAAGCUGCAGAUCUGGGAUACAGCAGGACAGGAGAGAUUCAGGGCUGUUACACGGAGCUACUACAGAGGAGCAGCAGGCGCUCUUAUGGUCUACGAUAUUACUAGGUAAGAGGCCUUCUUGUGCUAUAGACACCCUUAGUACAUUCUUAUGUUACCUACAGCAGUCAUACAUCAGCUGCUGAGGUUAAACUCACUACUUUCCUAGCUCUUAAUAGGACUAGAAUGACACUCCUGGAUCAGUUGGGGGCUCCUUCUCAUCAAUAUCUUUGCUCUCAAAAAACGGCCAGUCAGAUGUCUCUGGGAAGCCUACAAGCAGGUCAUGAACACAGUGGCCCUCUGUCAUUAUUGUCCCAGCAAUAUUUCCCAGAAUCCCAGGAAUUUCGGCUCUGGACAUGAAGGUGCCAUCUCCACUGUGAAAGACCUGCUUCCAUAAAUUUAGCUAAUUCAUUUCAAAACUAGCAGCAGUCACUACAUUUUAUGGAAGUGAAUUCCAGAGGUUAGCUAUGCACAAAGUAGGGUAUUUAUUCUCUUGUCUGCUGGAAUCUACUGUUUGUUGCUUUAGGUGACCCCAAGUUCUAGUACUGCAGUAGAAAGGUGCUGGUGGUGGAAUGGCCUUUUCUGCCGACUUUAUCAACAUAAUGCACCAAGGCUUUGUUUGUUUGUUUGUUUUUGCUGAUAUUUCUGCAAGGGGCACGUGACUCAAAACAGAUUUUAAAAGCAUGGUCACUUUUUAGAAAAACAAACAAACCUAAUUAGAUCUUUUCAGGAUGAUAUAAGUGUCAAGUCAUUAUCUUGAUUUUAAGAGGAACUUUAGCCAAGGUUGCGGCUUUAACAGCUGCUCCUUUCUUAGCCCUUAAUGUUAUGUAAUACCUGUAAACACUUCUCUUUUUUUGGCCUUGCCCAGGAACAACAGUCUGGAAAAGGAAGAGCAAUAUUCUUAAAAGUCAAGUAUCUGGGGUUGUUGAGUUUCUGGGCUUUGGUAGCUUGCCAAAGGUUCUUUGCUAGUAAGUGGGACAGAGACACAUUGGCUCAUCAGGAGCAUCUGGUUUUGGGAAUACAUCACUAUCUCCUGUGCAUCUAACUUCCUGUAUGGUGUCAUGGAACUGAACUGAGUGAAGAAUGCCCCAUGGAAAAAAUAUGACUAUUUUAGUCCUAUUUUAGUCUAUUUUAAAUAGGACAUGAAGCCUGUUGCUAAGUGCAAGAAGUUGGGAGUACUUGUCAGCUCCAUGUUGGGCUAAUAAAUAAAUAAAUUAUGGAGUCUAGUUAUGGGAUUGAUAUUUUACUGCCUUUAUAGUAGGGUGAAUUGAAACCAGAGGUUUCUAAACUAAGUUUAACUAUUCUAAUUUUGGAAAAGAUACAGAGCAAGCUUGGGAAUGAGGCACAUUGGUUAGUCCUACAAAAGAAGAGAAUGGUUUUUCAGAUCAUUGCAAACCCUAGCAAACAAUACUUCACCAUUCUGUAUCUUAGGCAUAUGUGUAUGUUCCCCAGACGCACAAGAUCAGUGUUCUCCCCGACCCCACCCUCCAGACAAUAGCUCUUUAAGAGGAGAUUUUUGCACCAUUUUGUCUUAACAGAUUUCCCCUUGAAAAUCAGGGAAAUGAAAAACAAGCAAGAAAUUCUGUUAACAGCUCAAUUCAAUUGCCUAAAUUGGAAGUAACAUGUUCCUGUUGUGUCCAGUACCAUCCUCAAAGUGUAAUAGGAAAUAAACUGACAUAUUAUGCUGGUGUGACCCUAUAAGUACUUAGUUUUGCCCUUUCUGUCUUCUGCAGAAGAAGCACGUAUAACCAUCUAAGCAGCUGGCUGACAGAUGCAAGGAACCUAACUAAUCCAAAUACUGUGAGUUUGGCUGUUUAAAAAUGGUUGCAUUAAAUGUAGGGCUGUCAAACACCCUUUGAACAUCUGCCUUUUUGUUGUUUACAUUUAAAAUCAAACAAAUAUGACAUAUUUUGAUAUCUUUGGGAGAUGUUGAGAGUGUGAUAAGUAGCAAUUUGUUGAUAAAGACACAAAGUUACCACUUAAACUACUACAGUACUUGCCAAAUGGAAAAGCUACCUUUUAAUUUAUUUUUUAUUUCCCAUUACAUCAAUGCAUCAAAAUGGGGUUGGUUUGAAAUCAAGGGUGCCAUUAACGCUCAUCCACACUGAACUGGCUUUAAAUUUGCUACCAGUGAUUAAAUGGUUAAAGCGAAGGUCGUGGCUUUGAUUAAAAGGCCUUGUCCCAAAGCAUGAAAUCAGAACACAAGACUAAAUUGCCACCCUGUUGCAUAAGCUGCUGCUGGUUGUCAUCUUAUGAAGUAUAAUUCCCCCAAAAUUAUAAAUGAACAUAAUUGCUGCCAGAAGGAGUACAGUGUGAAGGUAAUGGCAAGAGUCAUUAAGGAGAAAAAGAAAGAAAAAUAGUUGGAAAGAGCCAACCAGGGUGGAUAUGAUUUAAAUCAAAUCGAUUUAAAUCACUACUGUAGUCAGUAAGACUUGAUUUAAACCUUUUUUUUUUUUACAGAAAGACAUAGGAUUUGGUUUGGGGUGUUUUUUUUUGAGGCUAAAUACCACCCUAUCUCUGCCGUUGAAGUUGGUUUCCUUCCACCCUGUGUAGCAUCAAGUGAUUUGAAUACAUCUGUUCCUGAUUUGGUUCUGUUCUCCACAGAAGUUAGUUCUAGCUAGCCAGGUUCACUUCCUCAUUAGUGUGACUAUUUUAUUGCAUAAUAGCCUUUCUUGAAUCUGAAUGGCCCUGCAGUAAUAAGAAGUUGAAGUGUCACUUAACAUUCACACUUGAAGUUCUGGCAGCAUUUGAUUUUGGUUUUCCUGAUCUGUAUAGCCUUGCAUAAAAGGAUUAUCUUUACCAGCUCUACUCAGGCAUGUCACAGGAGGGCUAAAGUGGCAGCUGCAGGAUGCUGGAGCCUAGGGAGUAGGACUAGCAUGCAGCUGUUGACUUCUUGCCUUCAACAGGCACUGCCAGUUUAUCAGCAAUCUUUUUGUGCCUUAUUCCGGAUGCAGGUGAUAAUCCUUAUAGGAAAUAAAGCGGAUCUGGAAGCGCAGAGGGAUGUGACAUAUGAAGAAGCCAAACAGUUUGCUGAAGAGAAUGGUGGGUGUUGCUACUCCAGUGCUGUGAGUGUAUAGGUUGGAUUCUAGGCCAUGGUAACUCCCAGAAGCCGUUUUGGGGAGCGGGGAGACCUCAGCGAUUCAGGGCUUGAGUUGUCUCACUUACAGAUCUGGUUAUGCAAACUACUGACCCUGGAGUUCUUUGGGGACUCUUACUUGUGAGGUUUGGUAUGGGGCACUUGCUAUUCCUGCCUAUGCUAAAGUUGUAUUUUGUUUCUAAACAGGAUUGCUGUUUCUUGAAGCGAGUGCUAAAACGUAAGUACUGAGUCUUGAUUUCUUGAAACCGAAAUUGCUUAUGUGGAUUCAUCCAUAAUCUGCUUUGAGGGGUACUUUGAUUUUUAGUCUCUGUAGCUUGUGCAAUUAUACCCCCUUGGUAUCUUCCCAAUCUUGCUGUCACUACUUGCUCUUUUCCUGGAAAAGCAUUAGGUAUUGCUUACCCCUUUCUUCAGUGUAAUUCUUCACUCAGUUGUUAAUUAACUGUCUACUUCCUCACAUUAGUUGCUGUGUUCAUUGCUGUCACAUGUCUGACUUUUGCUCAUUAGAAUACUAAUAUACUUUAUAGUGAAUCCAUAGAAGCUUAGCUAAGCCCCAUAAGGUGGCUUUGGUGUUGGGGAAACGAGGAAUCUGAGUUCUGUUCCUUGUUGACAGUAAGAAGCAAUUCUGGCAUGUUCAAGGGUUUGACUGACCCCAACCCUGUUGUUGCCAACCACAGCAAUUCAAAAAAGAUAAUAUAACAGCUGUGUUCAGAUGUCACAAAAAACCAUGGUUUAUCAUGAUGGGAAGGAGCUAGAGUGAGCUUUGGGCUCACACAUUCAUCUUUUGGCAUGGCCUCGAGGAAGAGAGUGGAAGUUUUUGCUUCAUUUUUUUAACUGUCGUUUGUCUUUGUAUCAAGCAAACUGUGCUUUAUUUUAACUGCACUUUAUUGAAACAAACCAUCUUCAAACCAUGUUUGUUUCAAACAGGGAAUAGUUAAUCUUAAUUGCAGUUUAGAGUUUGGGUGCCGUGCUAAAACUGAGGUUUACUUUUUAAAAAGGAGGCUUUCAAAUCUCCCUGUGGCUGUGCCAGAGGAGAGGAGGGAAGGAGUGUGUGAGCCAUAGUUUCACUGCAAUUUGCUCCAUCAAGUUAAACAUAAUUUAUCAAUCAUUUGAUGUUUUGGGAUCUUAGACUCAUGAACUUUUCAGGAAUUUCUGCCCUGUGAACUAGAAAUUCUUGCUCUAAAGCAAGGUAGUGCAUGGUGGAAUUGAAGUGCUCCAUGGAACAGAUGCAAAAGGCAACAUUGGCUACAGGAGUUUGGGGUCCUUCAGGCAGGGCAUUCUCAGCUGGCUCCAUUAACCUGAAGUAGGGUGUACCAACUGAGAAUCCUCUUGCAUCUGCUUUCCUUGCCCCAUGUAAAAGUGAGAAGAGUAAUCCGGGGUUAGUUGGGACAUGUGGCAGGAAGGCGUGCAGGAAUCCACACCAUCCUGAUGUCUGCUAUGGACACUUGGGCUGCUGUUGCAGAAUAUCUGAAGCACAAAAAAUGGUCAUUGCAAGAUGUUCCGUUGAUGUUUCCAUAGUGGAGGCGGCUAAAAUAGAUGGGUUGUGUAACCUUAAUACCUAUGAAAUAUGAAUGGAAACAAGGAUAGAAGCUCUGUGCUACAUUGCUCCUGGAUAGUUAAUGGUGGGUAUGUGAAAUUCUUUGUGCAACAGGCUUUCUAUAUACAUUCUAAGUUAAUAUUGCUGCUUUCCCUUUUAUCAGAGGAGAGAAUGUUGAGGAUGCAUUCCUAGAGGCUGCCAAGAAAAUCUAUCAGAACAUCCAAGACGGGAGCCUGGAUCUAAACGCUGCAGAAUCUGGUGUACAACACAAGCCUUCUGCUCCACAGGGUGGCCGACUAACCAGUGAACCCCAGCCGCAGAGAGAAGGCUGUGGCUGCUAG